CCCUGGAAUGAAUUAUUGCGUUGUGCACUUCACCUCUCAUUAAGUUGUCAUGCAUAAAAAGAUUACUCAUUGAAGGAUUACUUGUUUUUACUAUCAUCAUGGAUUCUGAUGAAUCGCAUGUCGAAAUUGCUUAUGAAUCUCAGGACGGCGAAAGUCAAGAAAGAUCUCAAGACGGUGAAUUUCCUUCAGUCAGCUUCAGCGAGAAAGAAGAAGUGCAAUGUGACGUGGAGCCAGUUCGGUUAGUAAGCAUUAGGCCUCUUGUUGAUACCAACGAUCACUCGGAUAGCAGCAAUUCUGUGGUCGAGCAACCGUCGAGACAAACUGCCCGCGAUUUGUCCAAGUAUAACUGGAAGCAUUUCUUGCCGAUUACUCGCCGGUAAGUUGAAGAUUUAUAAGUAUAAGUUAGUGCACUUUGGUUUGAGCCAAAGUUCACAGCCGUAAUAUGACUGACUCACGGACUGAAGGCGGGUCAGGGGCAACGAUUUUCGAAGAACGUUUUUAGACGACUAUUUUGCCUAUAAACUUACAAGUUGAGAAAUGUCCUUGUGAACAGGAGCUUAAGUAAUACAGAUAAUUUAUCUUUAACGGGCAAUUUUUUAUGGGGUACAUGUAAGCGCGAAUCACUGACCCUUUCAAAAGAGCUUACAUGUGCCCUAUUAUAACAGUUCCAUUGUUUUUUUUAAGACGAUUUUUUUGGAAAGAAUUACAAGCUUCUAAUUGACCAGCUGCCAGAAGGUUUACCAAAUCACAAAAUGAAUGACAGUCCAGUCUUCUACAGAUAAUAACUAGGUUUCAAUUAAAAAAAAAAAGGUUAGGGGACAAGGAAUAUAGGUGUUGUAUGAUAAGAUUAUUAUUCAUUCAAAGUAUUUCUCCAGUUCUGAUUAGCUAAAAUGCCAUGCAUAAUUCAUCAUAACCAACUACUGUCGACGAAAUUUGAAAGAAUUUUGUGAUAUGUGAAAAAUGACGUCAACUGUGGAACAUAAUUGCCAGAAAACUGAACAGUAAGCUGAGAAGACCUGCAACGAAGUUGAGUUGUUUUGGUUGUGAGUACAAAAUGGCAGAACAUUUUACGUACAAUAGAAUGGAACUACUUAAGAGCCACUUUACAAACGUUUAAUUUUGGCCCUGACAUACUCAACUGGUUUCAAGUUAUUUACAACCAAGCAUCGAGCUGUGUACUGCACAAUGGUCAUGCAUCGGACUUCUUCCUUCUCGAGCGAGGUGUGCGACAAGGUUGCCCACUAUCUGGCCUCCUUUUCGUUGUUGAAAUCGAACUCUUGGCUAGAGUACUUAAGAAAGACCAUACUAUUAAAGGCAUCAAAGUCGGUCACAAGGAAAUUAAGAUAACUCAAUACGCAGACGAUACAACCGUUUUGGUGCGAGAUCUUGAUCCUGUCACACAAUUACUAAAACAUUUAGACAAAUUCAAGCAGAUCAGUGGCCUCAAAAUUAACACAAACAAAAGCAAAGCAUUGUUGGAGGUCACGCAAAGACAAGCCGUUUGGUUUUAAAUGGCCCAAAGAACCAGUCUAUGCCCUUGGUAUACACUUUUCCUGUGACUUAAAGCAAGCCAACACCCUUAACUUUGAAGAAAAGAUUUGUUCUUUAGAAAAAACACUCAACAACUGGAAAAAAAGAAAGCUACCUUUAAUUGGCAAAAUCAAUAUUGUCAAGACAUUAGGUUUGUCGAAAUUCAUUUAUUGCAGUUCCUUACUGACCAUAUCUAAAUCCCUCAUAGACAGAAUUAGUAAGAUUAUUUUCAGCUUCAUUUGGGAGGGUAAGCCUCCCAAAAUUAAGAAAAAGACUAUCAUUGGUGAAAAACACUGCGGGGGCCUAAAAAUGAUUGACUUUGAAAUCAUGGAGCGGUCACUAAAGAUUGCUUGGAUAAAGCAUAUCCCUGAAUCAAGUAAUGCAUCGUGGAAAAUAAUCCCAAAUCAAGCUCUUAACCAAUACGGAGGUCUAGAGUUCCUCAUUGAAUGCGACUACGAUCCUAAGCUACUCAACUUAAAGAACUUUCCCGAGUUUUACCACACCAUUUUAAAUUACUGGCAUGACUUCAGAAGACUAACCUGUGACAAACAAUUUUCCAUUAUAAACAAAUAAUUUGGAACAAAUGUAUUGAUGGAAAACCAAUUUAUAUUAAAUCCUGGUGUAUAACUGGAAUUCGUUGCAUCAAAGACCUUUUAAAUGUUAACCUUAAAUUUCUUACUUUAUCAGAAAUGAAAGAGAAAUAGAACUUUCAAUUUCCUUUUACCACUUAUUACGGCCCUUUAAGAACUAUACCAACUGAAUGGAAAAGUGCACUACGAGUCAAAGCAGGCGUGCAUGAUGAAUCUGAAAACUGCGAAACAUCCUUGAAGCUUUUUUCCACAAAAGAAGCCUAUUCUUCCAUACUUCACAAAAGCUUCUCAGCACCCACUGCUGAAGACAGAAUUUUAGAUCAUGGGUUCACCAAAGAGGAAAUUCCUUACAUCUACAUGCUCCGAUUUAAAAUCUUGAAAGAACCAAAACUGAUUAUGUUCCAAGUCAAAAUUGUUCACAAUAUUUUACCUAUUUUUAUUUUACCUUCCCUGCGCGCAUAACUGAUACUGAUGUUUAAUUUGUCCUUUAUGCAACCUUAAAAGUCAAUCUCUAAAACAUAUGUUAAUUACCUGUAGUGUAUCCUCUUCGUUUUGGACUUGUUUUUCUAACUGGUGGCACGAAAAAUUUAAUCAAAAACUCACUCAAGGCUGAAAGCACUAUUUUAUAUGGUUGGUGCAAAGAGUCAAAUAACUGGGAAGUGCUUAAUUACUGUUUGAUUGUCACCAAAUAUAAUGUUUCUGCUACAAGCGUACACAACGGCGUCCUGGACUUUGACAGUGUUCUACUGCGUCUCAACAACAAAAUUGAUAUUCUUCGCACUAUAGCUUUUAGAUCUAACCGUUUAUUGAAAUUCAAAAAAAAAAGACCAAUCUUCUUUAGAUAUGUGAAAACGUCAGGAAAACAUGUUUUAUCGAUAUAAAGACCAAAGCAGACAGUUUUACGAGAAAACGUUUAAUUUCUUAACUGUAACAGUAACAAGUUCAUCCUAAAGAAACCUCACCAUUAUUUAUCAUAGUCUCAGAGUACAGCUGCAGAGUAAAAUCUUUUAAGUAUUGAAACAGGCACAACAGUGGAUUCAUUUGAAAAAGUCUGUGACUUUACUUUAAGAGCAAUGACUGCGACAAAAAGCCAAGGAAGUGAAACGUGUGUAACAGGAGGCAGAAAACUUUGUUGAAGGACUAUACGUAGUACAAGAGUCAAACACCGGAAGAAAGACAGACUGUUCAAAAUCAAAUAUGUCACACUACUUCGUUACAGUUUUUUUUAGUACUGUAAUAAAAUUUUUAAUAUUCAACCGUAAAAAUCUGUCUUUAUUUGAACAGGGUACAAUGUCUACAAUUAUCACAUAAUUGUGACAAUGAAAAUAGUGUGUGCAGAUCACCAAUGUCCGUAAAGCGGGGCUGACAAUAAAUUAUAUGAGAGUUUGUGACUCGGGGCAUAGAAUGUCCGUAUUAAGCGGGUGUCUGUAGAGCGGGGUUCCACUGUAUUUCCUUGAAUAAUAGCCGGAGUGAUUAUUCCUUUGUCACAUCAAAGGGGGGUGAUUAUUUUAGGUAAGGCGCUUAUUUGAGGGAGGCAGUUAUUUCAAAUAUUACUCACUGGAAUUCGUGAACUAAAUAUUUUGUUUCAUUAUCCUGUUAAAUCAGAAAGUUAUGACAACAAAUAAACUGAACAUGGGCUUUUUUAUUAUUCCAAAUUUAGUUCCUUGAUUAAUUUUGAGAGCUUGAAUAGUUGUUGAUCAGUUUUGCUGGACUACGUGACAGGGACGGGAUUAAAGAAAGAGAAGAAGGCAAGAGGGGUAGGGGGCGAUUAUUCAAGGGAGGCGAUUAUUUUAAUUUUAUUAUACAUUCAACUCAAUAUCUCUUUUCUGAUUGGCCGAAAGCGUACAGUGAAUUGUCAGUNGGAUUAAAGAAAGAGAAGAAGGCAAGAGGGGUAGGGGGCGAUUAUUCAAGGGAGGCGAUUAUUUUAAUUUUAUUAUACAUUCAACUCAAUAUCUCUUUUCUGAUUGGCCGAAAGCGUACAGUGAAUUGUCAGUGAAGAAGCAAAAACAUGACUUCCAGGUUUGCUUCGUUGACUGAGCAAGACAUCAAAAAAGUGGUUGAAGACAAGGACUCACAAACACAAAAAGGCCGACAAAGGUGGCAAAGAAAGCAGUUUGCUGAUUACGUGAAAGAGAAAAAAAUGAGAGAACCUGAGGAAAAAAAAAGUUGGCACAAACUUUGAAAACACACAUUUUAUGUCGAAGCAAGAAAGAAAGGAUUCGUUCAAUGUAUAAUAAAACAAUUAUUAGUUUCAGUUUUUGUGAUAUCCAGAAUAAUCAAGGUCUCGGUAAGGGUUAUUAGCCUCAGCCGAAGGCUGAGGCUGAUAUGUUAACCCCUGAUAACCCCCUGAUAACCUCGACUUUGAUUAUUGUGGAUAUCGCAAAAAACCUCGUCCAAUAAUUGUUUAAUAUUUCCAUCAAAGGGGAGCAAUUAUUCAAGGGAGGCGACUAAUUCAGGGACGGCUAUUAUUCAAGGAAGUACGGUAUGUUGUGUUUACAUUAGGCGAGAAAAAUGUCAAUCAAACAUGCAGUAUAAUAAAAGGCAGUGAAGGUCUUGUUACAUCGCUAAAUGGUAUGAUUGAAGAUCAGAGCUUGGAGGUCACUAAUUCAAUGGGACUAAGUGGCUGCAGCUCAAAGAAAAGUUGGAGUGAUCAAACGGUAUUCACAAAGAAACGAUUUGACAUCAAAUACCCGUUAACAGAACCGAUGACAUACAAAAGAUUUGUCAAAUCGUUGAAGUGAUGAUGAGAGGAAAUAUUCUUUGUUUAAAAAGAACUUGGCGGCUUGCAUUGUCGAUGGAAUGCAUACCAUCAAGACCUAGAGGCAUAAAUUUAUAAAAACCUUUCGCUAUUGAUAUUAUUCACGCAAAAUGUGACCUGAUGACAGAUGUUAAUGUCUUGUCUCUGUAGCCUUUAAAAAGGUUUUGGUACAGUUUGCAUCCUGAAUUUUAGGUCCGCUUAGUAAGACAUAUCUGCUCAUAAAAUGCUGCCACUUUGUACAAAUGCAAUGAUCAUUUUUCACGUACUCUGUGAUCUUUGGUGUCUACAGGUACAGUUGUGAUAUCACAAUCUCAGAAAGCAAUAGCCUUUUACAAUACACAGCAUGCAUUCUUUUAACAUAUCCAGUUUUUACUCUGUUUUUUUUGUACUUGUCGUGCCUUUGGUUAAAAACAAUUUAAUGCUGUGUGUUUGCCAUCAGUUUAUUGCUCCAUCGCUUUAUAAUCAGAUCAUGUAGCUGAUCUUUAUAACAGGUAGUUAGACUGAGGAUGUAAAAAUACAACACACUUUGACAUGCUUUGUUUGUGCAAGGUCAAUCUGGAUCAUUUUCUUUCAAAAUAAUUUUUGACAGAUCACUCAGCAGUCGUUAGAUAAUUGGACUAGGGGCAGGAAACAAUUUUCACGGGCCUCUUGGGCAGGUGCUCCCCCUGUCCUCGCAUUUUUUCUCUCUCAUUCUUUCUUGCACCCAUUUCUUCCAAGCACCUGCCAUGCAGGCUAUUAACAUUGAUGGAGGUAAGCAUGUUUUAGCUUGUAUUCAAACUAGGGAUUAUUUUGAAUGAAUAAUAAACAAUUAUUAGUCUCCCUUGCGUAAACAGCAAGACUCAUAAUCAGCAACAUGUUUUUGAUCAUAUUUAGGACACAAAAGGGGGGUCAUUGUGCCAGGGGUUCCUAGCGGAGACUGUGGAAACUGGGACUAAGAAUCGUUGCGUGAUUGAAGCCACCCAUGUUUUGCAAAGAAAUCUUAGGAAAGAUUGUUGGUCCAUGAAUUCUAUUGCUUCAAAGCUUUGAUUACUUUGGAACAAGUGAACACUACUGAGUGGUCGAAAAAAAAAAAAAUCUUAAUUAGCAAAACUACUAUGGUCAGGUGUUAUAGACUUUAAAGUGACCACAGGCAUCCCAAGCUCACGUUAUGAGUGUGUAAUUUAAAUUAACUUUCUCACAAGAGAGUCGGUGUUGUGUUACAAGCAACUGUUGAGACUUUGUAUGAGAAAUUGCUUCUAACGCAACACCAACUCUAUUGUGAGAAAGUUAAUUUACAUAACAAACUCGUAACAUGAGCUUGGGAUGCCUGGAAAAUGAUGUGCCGUGUAAAUCAAUUUUUGAUCUCUGGCAGUGAUGUAAUUUCUCAGGAAUUGAGGCCUUUGAAUAGAGACCUUUAGCAUCAGGUAAACCGCAAACUGCAAACCGCAGUUACACGUUUGCAGUUUCGCAUUGCCGAGAUUUCAAACUUUAGCAAGGCGUUCAGUUCAGUUCAUUUUUAUUUAGCCAAAAUACAAAACAAUACAAGAAUACAAAUAGGAAUUGUAAGGAUGCAAGGGAGCCCAGAAGAAAACAGAAGGCUUUAUGAAGCCUGGGCUCCCCAGUCUAAAAGAAAUAAGCAAAAUAAAAAUGAUAUUCGCGGAGUGAUAAGUUAAAAGUAGGAACCAAACAGAGACUGAGUUAAGUUAUGAAUUCAGUAACAAGAUAGAUAAAAAAAUUAACUCUGGAUUGGAACAGAAUACUUUCCUUUGUUGGUACAGCAGAAAGGAAUAUAAAAUUGAUUUGAACUACAAGUUCAUUGUUUAGGGCCGCCAUGUUGUUUUCAUCAAGUCGAAGUGCAUCACUUUAGUCGCUCAAAAAUCAGCAAUAAUUCAUUGAUUCGAGAUGAAAAAUCCAACAAACACAUCGCAAACGGAUACAAAAAGCUAGUUCAUACCUUUAAACGCAAGGCUGUACAAUUUUUUGUGGCAAAAAAACCUUCCAGGAAAUCACUUACCGUGGGAAGCCCUUCCUGCAGUUCAAACGUGAACUGCAAACUGCAAACGUGAUAGCAGGGCCGUGGUCACGUGACAUUUUGCGGUUUGCCGUUUCCCAUGAAAAACCUGAUGCUAAAGGUCCCGAAUAUUCAUAUAUUUAUACACUAUAUAUAGCCUGCAACUGCAGACGUAUUUCCGGUCGUCGCUAACACGCAUACUAAAUCAAUUCAUAAACAAAUGUAAAGUAUUGACGUCAAUAAAGUAGGAAGUAAAAGACCUUUAGGGAGUAAACCCUGUUUUGUGUAGAAUUAAUCACCUCAUUUUCUGAUCUAAGGUUCAAGCAAGCGAGACUGAUAGCUGCUGUAAGAGCAUUCUUGUCGGAUGAAAAAUAAAAUUAAUGAGAUUUCAGAGGGUGUCAUCUGACAAGGCCUAUUGACACCCUCUCAAUCUCCAUAAUUCUUCAGAUGAUACCUAGCCUCAUCCAAUAAUUGUUAAUUAAGUGUUGCACCUUCUAGUGGUUUCAAUAAUUUAAUAAGAUCGAGCCACGGCCAAAAAAUAAAGCCAAAGAGGUGUCUCUGUGGCAACUUUCGUGAUGGAUUGUCCUCUUGUAGUUCAAGGUGUGGUUGUUCAAUUGGUGGAUAGUGCUAUCUGAUGGAUAAAUCCAAGAAAGAAUAAUAUGGGACAGAGAGGGAAUCUCAGGAGGUUGGCUGGGAUAUGUAAAUUUCACUAGAGAUGUUUUUAGAGGCCCCGUCCACAUGUAAUUUAACAAAAGUGUAAUUCCUGGGACGUCUGCACAUUUCAAUUGAUUGUUUUAAACAUCAUCAAGUCCAUGCACAACUGCUCCAAAGCAAACAAUGCAGAAUAUUGUAAUGGCGACUAUUGAAUUCUCUCUUGACAACACUAAGUAAACCUUUGGGGACUUUUCGGAAAACCAACUUUUGAUUAAUUUCAAGUGAUUAAUUGGUCUAAAAUAACGUUGGUGUGAUUCACAUAUCCCAAGGGCUCAGUAGACUGGGUGUUUCCCUCUCUGUCCCAUUAUUCUCUCAUGAUAAAUCAAUAUCCAGCCAAAAAGUUUUAAGGAAAGCGAUUGUGUUAUCUAUCUACUAUUUAACAAUUAUUCCUCGAACCUCUUGGCUACUAGUGGGCUAUAACAUAUAGCCUAGUAGUAGCUCAACCAAUCAGAAUGCAGCAUUGAUAAUAGACCACUAGCUGGAUUUUACUAAAGAGGUUUAUCCAGUGGAUAUUGUUAUAUCCACCUUAUAAAUGUUACAGGUCAAAUUUGAUUUCAGGUUAAUUUUGAUUUAACUAAGAAGGUUGAUUCUCAAUUUCCAAUGUCUCUCAGUCCUAGAAAAUAAAGGAAACUAGGAAUCAAUCUACUGUAGGUUAAAAAUUUUUAACCUGAGAUCAAAUGUGACCUAUAACAUAAACAUGGGAUCAGGUGACCACAGGGAGGCCAAGCACUGUACAGUACACAGUAGCUUAUCAACUUCACUACAAUGAGAUCAAAGUGUAUGCCUUUCUUUGUCAUUUCAGAAGGGAUUUGUAUCAGACCAAAGACGGCUUCUCUGUUCAAUUUCAAAAUACAAUAAUUGGAUCAUUAUUUUCAAAUGUCUACGUGUAAGCUAUAAAGUUGUGAGGCUUCCUGUUUGAUGCCUUUCAUAUGGUGGGAAAAUGGGAGGAAUAGUGGACAAAAAUUAUUGUUGUGGUUUAAUUUUAUCUUUGUUUUAAAUUUUUAGGUCGCCUGUUUUUGAUAUGGUAAUCAGAUUGAAACAAAAUAAAAUUAUUUUAAGGCGACUCACGAAACUGAACUUUUUGGGGGGGAUACCCAGAUUUUGUGUUUAGAAGUGAGGGACCUCAUUAAACCAAGGAUAAAAUUGAACCAUGACAAAAAUACUAACCCCUAGUCCAUGGGCUGCCCUGAUGGACUACCCAUAUGGUCUACCUUUUGAAUAACUUUACAGAAAGUUACUUCAUGUACCUACCAUGAUAGUCAAUUCAAAAGGUAGAUCAUAUGGGAAGUCCAUAUUGGGGUAGUCAUGGAGGCGUAUGUGGCCAAGUGGUUAACACCUCAAACUCAGGAUCUGGAGGUCCGGGGUUCAAGCCUUGCCCGUUGCAUUGUUUCCUUAGACAGGGAACUUUACUCCACUUUGUCCCUCUUCACCCAGGUGUAUAAAUGGGUGUACCGGCAACAUACUGCUGGGGGGUAACCCUGCGAUGGACUAGCAUCCCAUCCACAGGGGAGUAGGAAUACUCCUAUGUGCUUCAUGCUAAUGAAACCGGGAUGAGCUCCGGCCAUUUAGACCUUUGGCUUGUGCGCGCCUUUACCUUACAUCAUGGUAGUCCAUAUGGAGAGGUAGCGGCAUUUGGGGCUUGUGGCCUGGGUUUCUUUUAUCAGGGAAUGUCAGAGGUAGAGGUAUAGUCUGUAUCACAUGCAGUUUGAAAUUGCAGUUUCAGUGCCCAGGCAUUACGGAAUCCAUGCUCUGCUUUUGACUUAGGUGCUCACAGUGUACAAUCACUUAGCCUGACACCUGUGCCAAUUUCAAAAUAACCGAUGGCACUUAUACAUGUAUAGAUGCAUCUAUACAUUACAUAGCAUGUGAUGUAUAGAUGUUUAUUGAUAGUGAUUAAAAACAGUUUUUAUUUCAAUAUUGCUAGUACAUUCAAGUACACCUUUAAAGUCUCAGGUAAUUGAAAGUGAUCAGAAAAUAACAGCUUGGGAUGUGUAACAAAAUUCUGUUGAAGACUUUUGCUGUUAAACAAAACAAAACUUAACAAAAGAAAUUCUUACUGAGUUGCAAGUAUAUUAUUCUUGGAGGUGCGACAGGCUAAAGCCUGAAUAAUUUUUAACCAACAAAAAAUUUUAAUAUUUUCUUGAGUUAUUAAAACAGAUAACAAAAGUCUUAUCCUUUCUUUUUAGGGACCCAUCCAAGCCUGCUAUUGAUGAAGCAGGAUUUUUGUCUUUGAUGUUCAUGAGUUGGGCAACUCCAGCGAUAACUAAAAGCUUCAAGAGAACAUUACAAUUGGAUGAUUUUGAUAAACUUUCUCCUUAUGAGUCAGCUGAAGUGAAUUUCAGUCGAGGAACUCGGCUUUGGAAUGAGCAAGUCAGCAAACUAGGGCUUCAUCAAGCAAACAUGUCAAAGGUGCUUUGGAGAGCCGUCAGGACUAGAAUCUUUUUUGCCAUGCUCUUCUUUAUUUUGUCUCAACUGAUCAGCUUUUUGGGGCCUGUAAGUACAUGUAUUUAUUAAUGUAACUUGAACUACUAGACCUAACAAAGCAAGAGUAUAUUUGUCAUGUACAGUGGAAACUCGUAUGAUUAUUUUAUUUAUUUAUCAAUGUUUUCUCCCCAUGCAUACACAGAUUUACAGUAAUACAAUUAUUGCAUUAUUGUAUUAUCAUAAUUAUUGUCGUCAUUAUUUUCUGUUAAGCUGGAUUGAGCUCUCAACAAAACAUUGUGGGCUUAACUAAGAGAGCUCAAAUAAUAAUUAUAAUUAGAAGGGUUAAGGGACUUGCAAGAUAUGUUUACUUAAGACAGAUUUCGUUUUACCGAAGUUGUACUCUUCAAAAAGCAGAUGACAUCCAUCAAGCAAUUUUUGUGUGUGUAUUCUUGCAUUCCUUGUGCUCAUUUUUUGCUAUUAAUUUUCAUCUUUACAUUGCUGUGAACCUUUUAAUCAUUUCCUUGACUUCUGCAUUCAUGCAUGAGGUCAAUCAUUGUAUCAGUGAUCCAUCUAACCACAAGUCCAGGGUCUCAGAUGCAUAAAAUGUCCAAGAAGAAAUCACAUAGAUGAGUUCCAGAUGUGUCCUUUUGGACACAAGUGAACCAUCUACCGGUGGGUCUUAUCUGCAGGUCACAGGUCACCCAGGUUGCAGGUUUUGAUGAUUCCAUUUUAUUUUUCUGGUGAGCUUGUCCCUUAGCUUCUUGUUACAGAGUCUUGGUGUCAAUCCCUCCAGCUGGAUACAAGGUAGGUGCAAGCUGAGGCUAGUCUGCUUCACAGCAGUUCUUCCACAUGUCAUCAAGCAACGCUCCUUCCCAGUUUCAGGACAUCUCUCAUUGAUAAUUUAUGAGAUUGCUUUUGUUUGUAUCAGCACCCCUGAGAGUUGCAACCUGCGACCUGUGACCUGAUGUAUGAAAAUGUCUGGAAAGAUGCAUCAAUGAGUGGUGAGCUUGUGUCCAAUUCUGGACACAAACAUUUGUUUCAGGCCCAGAGCUACCAUGUCUGAAAUGGCUUUUUCUUCAUAAUAAAAUAAAAGAGGUAAAUACAGUUGCAUUCUUUGAAUGUAGCAUGCAUAUGUGUAGGACUACUGUAUUUUUGGACAAUGGUUACUUUCAAAAAAUAAGAUGUCCUUGACUUGUUUUCAUAUUCAUGUCUCACAUGGUCCUGGGUUGUCUGUCGGUGCGGCGUGCCUCGGAAAACGAAACUCAAACCGCUUUAGCUUUAUCCACCCAGCCAUCUCACCUAUAUUAAGAAAUGUAAGAAAUGAAUUCCUUUUUCAGUUAUUAGGUGAAGGUUGUUUAAACUUUGAACUUAUAAUACUGAUCUUCUGUCUGUAUUUUCAUUACUUGCAAAAUGAUAAUAGGCAAUCUUUGUACGACGUAUUCUGGAGUACGUAGAGGAAAAGGAUUCAUUAUCACAAAUCGAAGGAAUUGGUUGGGUAUGUUUUUGGUGUUAAAUACUAUCUGCCAGCUGCCAGCUACGUCCUCAUUAGUCUGAAAUGUCAUCCGUCUCAUUGCCCCACUCCCUCAACAGUUGGUAAGGAAGGGGACAUUGGAAAGUGCCCAAUAUCGCAAUACCGUAAGAAAAAGUGGCAAAUACUGAAGUACCCUGUUGAAAAUCAAUGAAAUAGCGAUACCACAUUUAAUGAUCGGUCUCGCUUAGUUAAAGUUAUACGUCGAGCGAUACAUGUAGUCGACCAACAGAUUGGCCGAUAGUGCAGUGUUGGUUGGCAUGUUGACCAAUACUCGGCCGACAUAUUGAUCGAUAGGCUAGCGACAUUUGGCCGAUACUUCACUGAUACUUAGUCGAUGGUAAACUAUUUGUCUACUCAAAUUUUUGCAGUUACGUUGUCCAUGCAGCAAUUUUUAAGGGGCUUUGGCGACUUUUACGAGUCUACAUGUAAUAAGAGACUAUAAUUUCAAGUGUGUGCACACUUUUUUAUGAACAAAACAGGCAUCGCCUUUGAGAGGUAUUCAAGGACAAACGUUAUAACAUGUGUAGAACUAUGACAGAAAUCCAACCAGUUGACGCGGCGAGGCUGGUGUGGGAUGACACGAAAAACAGUACAAAAACUAUUUCCAAACCUCCAAACCCGCGAUAUCUCGCAUGUAACACUGAAACCCAGCUCCCCCAUUAGAUUAUAUGACAGUUGACUUAUAUGCCACCAAUAGUCGACCAAUAUUCUACCGACAGUGGACCGAUAUUUUGCUGACAAUUGCAUGACACUCCCCUUAUCCGAGUGUCGACGGGGACAUUGACCAUGUAUCGACCGACAUACCAGUGUACGUCUUGGCCGACUUGCGGUCGAGUGUCGACCGAAAUGUCAACAGAUGUGUCAGCCAAUACACCGGCUGUGCUUUUCAGUCUUGCAGCAAGCGUUUUGUGCCUUAUGUGCUGUUAAACCGGAGCAAAGUGACACUACCAGUACAGUUGCAAAGCCUGUUUUAGUUCAACUAAAAUUAAUGACCAGAGGAGGAAGACCAAAGACUCACUCAUCUUAACAAAAACAAAAUAGACUGUGUGAGUGCGUAAACAAUGAUCUUGACUGACUUGAACGAUUCUCCAUUGUUUAAGGACCCUUUAAGCUACAUUUCAGAUCUUAAGAUCACUGUCUGUGAGAAAAUUCCAUAUCCUGGAAACAACACAAAGUAGAGCUAGCGUCAAAACAUAGCAGGGAAUCCUCAUAUUUAUGGACAAAAACUACAGGCAUCGAACUAUAUCAGAAACCCAUAAGGGGUUGAAACGUGUAACUCGCAUAUGUUUGCUUUGAUUAUUCAUUUUCGAAAGUACCAUAUUUGGAACGAGAAGAAGAGGUAACUGACCAAUCAAACUUCGUAAACAACGUGAUGUAAUUUUACUUCAGGUUUCCGCAUCCACUUAAAAAUGGUGCGACAAAUGGGGGAAAAACUCCCGAAAGCCAAGAAAGCUUUCAAAGUAUGAAACCAGGAAUCUUACCGAAACACUGAGCAGGAUAUUAUUGGCUUGCCACCCGGGCCAAACGUAACAUUAUGAAACCCAUUGACAUCCUCGCAACUUCUUGAAGUUGUCACUUCAAAAAAGUAUGUCCCGUUGACCCUCUGCACAGUAAACUUAUACUGCAAAUAGGCUUUUAAAAUUCUUAUAUUAAAAGUCUAGAAUAAACAGUAAAACAUAUUACCAAAUAAAAUUCAUUAGCUGCGUAUCAAAAAGUGUCCAAAACGUGAACUUGACAUCUUCGCAAAAAGUGAUGCAUGUAAUGAAUGUGAGGAGUAUUUAAGCUUCAAUUCAGUUUGGAUGUGGUAGUCACGAGUCACGAUCGUGUUUUGAGCUAAUUUUAUGAAUGAACAAACUCAAAGCAAUAGACAGAGAAGCCGUUUCUUGAAAAGUUUUAUUCACAAUCCAAAAAGUUAAUCCUUUAAAGCAAUUCUGAAAACACUAUCUAGAUCGUGGAUACGUUCACGCAAGUGAAAUCGGCUGUGCACAUGGCAAAAUUCAACACAAAAUCCAUCUCAAAUCGGGGCACAUUUUGUAAUUUUUCUCUAGCGCCGAAGAGAAAAAUUUAUAAAACGUCUAUGAAACUGUAAUGUUUAGUCACUAACACAACACGCACACAAGCGCCAUGUUUUAAUAAUAACUCAGUGAUUUUACAUGACCACGUGAAACACUAAUGUAUGCCAAAUUAUCCUAAUUAACAUAAUCAUGACAUCUCGCCUUCAAAGGAGAAAAGACAAACUUCUCUUCCAAGUGACAACAUUUGUGGAAACUCCAUGUACUUAUGAUUAACUGUUCUGAGUGUGAAUGCUGUCACUAAAGUCUUAUGUAUAGAAAGGCUCAACUGGAACAAGUUCAUAAUCAAACAAACAUCCCUUCCGUACAAGUGUAAGGGGUAAAACGUAUAGCUAAUAAAGUCAAUAGCAAAAAAGACUCUAAUGUCUGGUUCUUGUCUACACAUAGUUUAGUUCAUGAUAUAAUCCUGUCAAAAUCUUGCUGGUAAUCUGACAGUCCGGUCACUGGAAGUACGCUUUGUGUCUGCAAAUCACUUCUGCCAUUGGUUGGACCUAGAGCAGGUAAUCCGCAUUGCUAGCAGCAAAUGGGGGUGUAAUAUCAACUGCGGGUGUGGCAGCAACAGGAGCAACUGGGUCAUCAUAGGCUGGACCCGUGAUCACCGGCGGGGCCUCAUUUGUUGACUGCAGGUGACGACGGUUUCGUCGGUAGGCAGGGCCAUCAGGUGUUGUGACUAUGAAGGAUCUUGGCGCUGUAUGUUUUUCAGAUACAAUGGCUGGCUCCCAAGUCUUUCUUUUCCUAAUUCGAACUGUGUCAUCUUCCUUGAUCUGAGGCAACGGUUUCGUGUUACAAUCAUAGUACAUCUUCUGCCUUUCACUCCGUUCUUUCAGCUUCUCUUGUGCUUUCUCAAGGACUCUCGGUUUGAGAAGGGACGCAGACGUAGGCAAUUUAGAUUUCAGCACUCUGCUCAUUAACAGCUGAGCGGAUGAUUCCUUUAGUCUAGAAAUAGCAGUGUUCCUGUAUUCAAGUAGAACUAUGUAGGGGUCAUUUCCAUCUUCAAACGCUUUCCUGAACAAGUUCUUAAUGGUUUGAAUUGCCCUUUCACUCAUCCCAUUAGACUGUGGGUACUAAAACUCGAGGUACAGACAGCAAAACCCCAAUCCCUUGCAAACUGACGAAAACUUUUGCUUGAGAAGGGCAUGUUAUCAGCAACAACCUGAUCAGGAAUCCCAUGACGGGCAAACAUUGAUUUCAUGCUAGUUAUAACAGAACCAGCAGUCUUGUCUUUCAAAAGACAAAGUUCAGGAUACUUAGAGUAAUAGUCAACGACAACCAAAUAGGAGUUAGAGUUUAGUUCAAAUAUGUCUGCACCAAGUUUUUUCCAUUGCCUCUGAGGCACUUCCUGAGGUAGUAAGGGCUCCUUCUGAUUUUCUCUCUGGUGCCUGAGACGUGUUGAGCACUUGGCAACCAUUCUUUCAAUUGCUGCAGACAUUCCAGGCUAAUAGACUACAGCUCUGGCUCUUGACUUGCAUUUCUCGAUACCCAGGUGACUCUCAUGAAUGCAAUUCAACACAUCUGGUCUCAUCCCUUGUGAAAUAGUUAAGCUUCUCGUCUAGGAGCAAUAAACCUUCAACUUCAUGAACUUCACCACGCAAAUGCCAGUAGUGAGUAAUUAGCGAGGGGACUUUACUUCUGUGAGAGGGCCAACCACUCUUGACAACUUUGAGUAACUCUUGAAGGGUUUCAUCUUGAGCUGUUUCAGAUUUCAUUUGUGUGAGCUUCUUUACUGUCAGUGGACGAUUUGUAACAAGACUGUGGACCACUACUUCCAUGUCAUCAUUCAGUUCACUAUCCGCAGACUUCUCAUUUAACGAAGCUCUAGAGAGAGUGUCUGCUACAUACAUGUACUUGCCAGGCACAUAAGUAAUGCUGAUGUCAUACUUCUGGAGUCUUAAAAGUAGACGCUGAAGCCUUGGAGGGGAUUUAACCAGUGGCUUCUUUGUGAUUGGAACAAGUGGUUUGUGGUCUCAGUCCACUUCAACUGGCCUGCCAUACACAUAGUGAUUGAAUCUCUCGCACCCAAAUACAAAUGCGAGAAGUUCCUUCUCGAUCUGAGAGUUAUUUUCUUUAGGUGGUGUAAGGGACCUUGAUGAGUAAGCUAUCGGGUGUUCAUCCCGGAGGAUGCAUGCUCCCAGACCUGACUUAGAGGCAUCCACUUGCUGCUUGACUGGCUUGGUAGGAUGAAAGAAUUUUAGAACAGGCUGGCUAGACAGGAUUCCUUUGAGCCGUUCCACUAACUGUGCGUGCUCGUGCGACCAGAUCCAUGCUGCUUCUUUCUUUAUGAGUUAUCGCAAUGGUGCAGUAAUUUCCGACUGUCUGGAAAUAAACUGGGAGAAGUAGUUGACCAUUCCUAAGAAUCUCUGCAAUAUCUUCUUUGCUCUGAGGCGAGGGCAUCUGAAUUAUGGCGCCCACUUUCUCACCAUCUAGUUUCAGCCCUGAUUCAGACACAAUGUUUCCCAUGUGCUUGACCUCACUGACUUUGUACUGAAGCUUAGCUGUAUUGAACUUGACGUUUGCCUCACGGGCCCUUUGCAACAGCUUGACCUUGAUUUGGUCAUGUUCUUGCUCAUCUGCAGCAGCAACAAUGAUGUCAUCGAAGAUGACGUCCACACCGUCAAUGUCUCCAAAUAUGGAUUCAUUCUUCUUCUGAAAGACCUCUGGGGCGGACUUAAUGCCGAAGGGCAUUCAUUUAAAGCGAUAACGGUCAUAAGGCGUACUGGACGUGCAGAGGUAACAGCUUUCAUUAUCUAGGGGCACCUGCCAGAAGCCAUCCUUUUCAUCAACAAUAGAGGAGACCCUUUUGCCACUCAGGUGACUUGCUAUGUCUUCUGCUGUUGGGAUUCUGUAAUGCUCAUGACGAAUUGCCUUGUUAAGAUCUCGUGGAUCCAAGCAUAAUCACGUUAUGACCAGACUGUUAACCCAUGGAGUGGGUAUGUCUACUUUCUGGAUAACGUCUUUCUCCUCUAACUCUUGAAGUUUCAGUUUUAGUUUCUCCAGCAGGCUAUAUGACACUUUGCGAGGUGGAUGAAUUACAGGCUCGACUUUGUCAUCCAAUUCAAUGUGAUACUCGCCUCCCAUGCGCCCCACCCCAGAGAACACAGCGGAGAACUCCUUUAUAAUUUCAGACUUAGUGAGCGGAGACUGGGCAAGAGUUUCAACCCUUCUGUCGAGAUUCAAGGUGACUCGACCCAGUUAUUUUGUGGGGGUACCAUCCUACUUUAAAGCUCUCUGGUAUCCCCACCUUUACUUUGAUCGUGAGUCUAUCAUAUAGCAUGGAUAACAUAUAGAUCAAUCUACAAUAUAGCAUAAAAUUUUUGGCAAUCGGAGUAAUUGUCACGUAGUUUAAGUGCCAUUCUGCUGUUGCUGGCAUUUUUUCGUGAAAAUCUCUCGGAUGGGUCCUUGCAAGUCAGCAAAUAGCUUUAGGGCCUAGUAAAUGUGCGCAAUUUCGAGUAAUGCAAACAUAUAGAAAUUAUAGUUUUAGCUAUUUGUUGAUAUUUGUCAGCGUGUAAGAGUCCUUCUCACGAAAAAAGCAUUUUCUUAAAAAUCCAUAGUUUUUUUUCCUUCCAAUUUUUUCAGGGCCACAAUUGAUUAACUAACUACCCGGAUUCUGAAUUUCAUGGUUGUUGAAAACCUGUGACAUUAUCUUCUAUAAGCCCAAUCUUAAGUAAACAUGGAAGAUUUUUAGCGUUUUGGCUGAGUUUUGGCUUUGGGAGUUUUCUAUUGUUUCUAGGCUGCCAUGAUACAGCAUUCUUGUUCAGCACGCUUGCAAUGACCGCGCUUGGCUGACUUCCGAAUGCUCACCGAGAUAUCAUAAUUUUGGUACGUUGAGAAAGUAGAAGGGAUUCCCGUCACUUCACGUCCCUAGCCAGCUGAGUGUACAUCAUGCCGAGAAUUAAAAACUCUAAAAAGAAAAUGCACGAGAAUUGAUUAAAAAUCAUGAGUUAAACCUCUAUGCCUAUCUCACCGUACCAUAAUUAUCAUAUCCCGGUGAGCAUUCGGAAGUUUGUUCCAUUCCUUGAUUCUUACAGCUUAAGUUCAGUUUUCCUUCAGGCUUUACCUUGAACUCUCCAUACGAUGAAAGAACAACGCUUGUUUCUAGCAGCGGGGAUUUGUUCCUGAGGUUAGAGCAAACACUAAGUGGUAAUACGUUGGCUUCAGCUCCGGUAUCCAGUUUAAAUUUAACUGUUGUUCCACCAAUGAGCAAAUUGGAAAACCAAACUGAAUUUUCAGCACUUCGCGGGUCAGUCAAUGUCCCGAUAAAUAAUUCCUCUGACUCGACUUCUCCACCGCUUUUUCCAGUGUAAGAUCAGAUGAUUCACAAAGGAGACGCUCUUUCAGUCGAGUAUCACUUACACCAAACACAAUUCGGUCGCGAAUCAUACUGUCAUACUGGUCGCCAAAUUUGCAGAACUUUGCACGUGUUUUCAGUUCAGUUAUAAGUUGGUCGAUGGUUUCACCUUCUUGGUGCUUGUACUCCCAGAAUCGGUAUGUUUCGAACACGUUGUUUUUCCUCGGGUUCAUAUACUCCUCGAACUUCGACUUUAAAACGUCAAGCUUGGUACGAUCCUCUUCGGUGGCAAACUGAAACGUAUUGUAGAUUUCCAUCGCUUCUUCGCUGAUCACAUGGAGUAGAAUCGCGCACUGAACAUCCUCUUUCUCCUUUAUCUUUCCCGACGCUUUCAAAUACAGGUCAAAACGUUAGACCCACCAUCUCCAGUUAUCACGAAGAUUCCCAUGAAGCGACAAAGCUUCCGGAGGCUUGAAAAACUCCAUCUUUUAACUCCUGGUACCAUGUAAUGUUUAGUCACUAACACAACACGCACACAAGUGCCAUGUUUUAAGACUCAGCAUUUAGUAAUAAAUCAGUGAACAUGCCCACGGGAAACACUAAUGAAUGCUACAUUAUUCUAAUUAACAUAAUCAUGACAGAAACAUUUAAAAAUACAUAAAUUUCCUUUCAAAAACGUAAUUGUCUUGGCCAUAGAGUGCAAAAUGUACCUGAAAUUCAGCAAAAACUUCACUGCCUUGGUUGCAUUUCAAAACAGACCAUGCGCUCCGUCGUGAAGAAGACAAGGUUGAAUUCCUCGAAGGACGAUUUCUUGAUGAAAAGCUUCCUUUCCUACACAAAAAGAAAGCUGAGCAUUCUUUUGAACUUUCUCUUUCCAUUUUUUGUCUUUUAACGGCGUAUUUUUAACCUUGAAAUGCAGAGCUCUUGUCUUAAAACAUCUGCAUGGUGAUCGCGCGGCAGCCAUUUUGUUGAAAACGGCUUUCUGUCACUAAGGUUUCCAAAUGUGGUAAAAGUGAAUAUUCACGAACAUUGAACGCGAGUUACACGUUUCAACCCCUUUUGAGUUUCUGGCUACACAUAUACAUUCAGAUUCAGGCAUGUCGAAGAAAAACAGAGACACUAAAAUCUUUAUGAAACAGUUUCUUUCGCCGUGAUAAGAAAAUUUAGGCUUAAAGUGAGGUAAUAGAAAAUCAGUGGCAAACUGCAUCUGUGAACAAUUCCUGUGAGAAACACCUACAGAAACAUACACCACAGGAACGUAUUACUCAAUUUGCAUGAAACAGACCAGCUUCAUGACCUCUAAAUGUGACACUCAGAGUGGCAAAUGUAAGAUUUGUCGACAAAAAUAAGAUUUUUCGGUCAAAGGUUAGAUACCCCAUGUACUGCAUAAUCUUCGCUCUAGAAAGAGAAGAAGGAAGUCCUCCGUUCAAGCAAACCAAAGGUCACGUUUCACACUAUCGCUCACACUAUAGUGAGCUUAUAAGUCGUGUUUGGUAUGUCAACAGUUUAUUACAAACGAUUUGCUGAAACCGUCUGUAGCCAAUAGCAAGUAGUAGUUUAUUGUCACAAAGGCAGGUAACAAUGGUUUGUAUUUUACACCAAUCAGCAUGGACUUACCAAAGUCUGUGACGUAACGGGACGGCAUUAUAAUGGUGGGAAUUCAGAUGUCUCUUUUGCCUUGCUGCCCGUUGGGGGGUGGGAUGAACAGAUGGAUGACAUUUUAGACUUACCUCCUGUACACUUUUUUUUGCUGUGGCAUCAUAAUAAACCAUCAUAAUAACCCGUUUACAUUAAGUACUUCUUAGUUGUACACUUCUGAAGGUCCUUGCUGCUGUCAUUGUGGAUAAUAAUAAUUAGUAAAAUCCAAUUAGUGGACUAUUAUCAAUGAUGCGUUCUGAUUGGUUGAGCUAUUACUAGGCUAUAUGUUACAACCCACUCGUAGCACAAAGCGCCGACUUAUUGGCGGCAAAAAAAGGCUUAAAGUCUAGCUUUAACUAGCUAAAGUUGUUUUGUCUCUAUAUUUUUGACCAACUAGUUGGAUUUUACUAAAACAAUUAUUCCUCUCGCCCUCAUUGCCUCUGAGUCAAUAGCCCAUUUGGCCAUUCGGCCUCAUGGGCUAUUGACUCAGAGCCCAUUUGGGCUCGAGGAAUAGUUAUUGUUAAUAACUUAAUAAUAAUUUAUUCGUCAAUUCCCCAGCCGAAUUGAAAAAUAGCAAACUUAGCCAAAAUAAAAUAAUAAUGUGCUAAGCUCUGGUUGUUAUAUGGCAGUUAAAUAUUAUCAGACUUAUAAUAUCCAGGUAAAUACAUUAAUUAUUGAUACAAACUUUCAUUUAUGGAAAUACAAGAAAGAGGCUGAGGAGUUAGUAUUAAUGGGAGGGAAGGGGGCACUGAAAGGGUUUGUGUUGUCUUGAGCGAGGAAAUGAUUAUCCUUUGUUCCAAGCUCCAGACCUCACCUUAUGUAAUGCGAGAAUUAGGGAGUGGUUGCAUAACAUAACAUAACAUAACAACUUUAUUUACGUAUCGAUGUGUUGGGGACACUAAAAUAAUAAGGAAAAAAAUUAUAAAAUGAGUUUAUACAUGGUAUCAUAAGGUGAAUUUAUAAUUCUCUAAAAUCUAAAAUUUAUAAAAGGUAAAAAUUUAAAAGUUAAAAGAUUACGAAGUUAUCCCCUUUAAAAUACACAGAAAAAUGCUUAAAAUAUUUUUAAAAAUUCUCAAGUACUACAAGACAGGAGCCACAAUUUUCACUUAUAAGAUCCCCAAGGUUAAUACGCCGUAUGCUGGACUUGAAGGAUUGUAAAGUAGGUUUAUCCUUGAUUUUGCUGUCCAAUCUAAACCAUAUAUAUGGUCCAAAGUACCUUAUUGAAGUUUCCCCUAACGUACACUAUUAAAUCUGGUUAAAUGAAAGUCCAUAUUUCUGAAGUCAUAUUUGGCUAACUUAACGCUAAAAAGGUCAACGACAUUACUAGGUACCAAGCCAUAUUUAACUUUAUACAUUAAGGUAGCAAGAUCUUGUAAACGCCGAUUUUGUAGGCUAGGUAGAUUGGCACAGUUAAGAAGAUUAGAUUACUCUACUGAAUGUGUGUUAUACACGAUCCUAAGGGCACGCUAUUGAACUCUUUCAACUUUUCUGGCGUUGGAGGCUUUACAGAAAUGCCAUUUAAUAUGACAAUAUGUUAAAUAUGGCAAUAUCGAGGAUUUAUAUAAAAGCACUUCUGCUUCCUUAGGGAUCAGAUUUCUUAAUCUUGAGAGGACGCCCACUCUCUGGCUAGCUUUUAUACACAGUUCACUAAUGUGUUUUCUAAAUACAAGGUGUUCGUUGAUGUUAACUCCCAGAAGGCUAAUGUCAGCAGUACUUUCAAUGACAUGUGCAUUGAUUGUUAAUGAAGCUUGAUCCUUAUCAUUCUGUGAGUUGAUCAUCAGCAAAUGGAAUUUAUCAGGGUUGACCAUAAGAUAGUUAUCGUUAUACUAUAGGUCAAGGCUGAAAAGCUGAAAAGUGUUGAAGAAGUCCCUUGGGUUUUCCCUGAUCUUUUCCGAUUUCAUUUUCCCGAAUUUUUUAAUUGCUUUCUUGCACUCUUUCGUGGCCAGAUUUCUGUACUUCCUCUUAAGCUCGAACUUUUCUUCAGUUUUGUCUUUUGCGUAUAAUUUCGCAAACAGUCUCUUCUUUCUAAUGGCUUUUUUCCAGUCUGAUGUCAUGUAUGGGACGUGGUUUUCUCGCAUCCGUUUUCUCCUAGUUGGUGCAUGAUAAUUAAUUAUGUAAUUCAUUAGUCCGUUCCAGUAAUCGAUUCUAUCGUCGAUUUCAGUGAGUAUAUCACCCACAUGCCAGGGAGUGUUUGAAAGGUCAUCUGUCAAUAGCUCGAGGGCGAUGGUUUUUAGAUUUCUACACAAGAUUGUUUUUGGCUUGUAAUGAGUAACUUUCUCAUUUAAAGCAAUUAAUGUAUGAAUUGUUAAUAAUAAUUUAUUAUUUUAGUUUGGCAUCUCUAUCCAAAAAAUGUGGUUUACUUCAACUAGUUAAUUUUGUAUUUUAUAUGCGUAGGUUAUUGGACUUUUCUUGGCAGAAGUAACAAGAAGUCUCCUGCUCUGUUUAAGUUUUUUUACAAAUAUUCGUACUGCAGCAAGGGCACGAGCCAUGGUACUUACAAUGGUCUAUAGUAAGGUGACAACAUUAAGAAAUGUGGGGGACAAAUCAAUUGGAGAGGCAAGUAAUACUAGUCAAGAUAUAAUACUACCUAACAUGUACUACACAAAGCCAGUAAAAUAAUUAAUGGUACUUUUCCUGCACUCUGAUUAGCUAGUCUGGAGGUGCGCUGGGGCUAAGUAGUUUAUUUUGUACAUGUACAGUGACAUAGCUGCCUUAAACCUAUUAUGCCCAAGCUUAACAGGAAUUUGAGCAAAAAAUUUAUAAGUGUAGGUUAUCAGGUGUUCUUAAGAAUGAUUUUCUCAAUUGAACUAAAAAUGGGUAAUUCUAGAAACAAAGAGUCUGCUGUCGGCAACACCUUUUGCUGUUCGCAGAGAGCUAUUUACUUUAUCCAUACUGAAUCUCUUGCCUAAAUUGUUUGAACUUAUGUUGUUCCGUUGUGUCACUUUUUCGCUAUCUAUGAGCAUUUCCCAGACUCCCUUGCUUAGGAUGUCUAUCCUGGGUCCUCUCCUUUUUUUUCUGCAUGCUUUUAUAGUGUCAUUAGAAAGUUACAGAGAUGCUUGUGACGCCACAGCUUGUGAAGCCAAAGAUCAUCAUUAAGUACCCGGGGGUGGGGGAGGGGGGGGGAAAAAACUUACAUGCAAGCCUUGAUGUCAACUGAUCGACCGUCAUCACUCUACAAAUAACUUACUUCUUGACACGGACUCUGGUCUGUUUUCUUGGAACUCUUGAAAGCGUUCGACACAGUUGACCACAACCUUUUACUUCAUAAGAUUAAAUCUGAGUUGGUCUCUCAGAUGACACUGUUAAGUUCCAGUCAUACCUCACGAACGGAAAACAAAUGAGGUUUGUUGGAGAUAUCUCUCUCACUGCACCAAUAACUGUUGGGAUCCCACAAGGAAGCAUAUUAGGACCGCUUCUUUUUCUUAUCUAUGUGAAUGAUUUGCCAUCUGUCAGCUUGCCAGUGAAAUUAAUCUUGAAACUGAUAACACUGUGAUUUAUUACUCAUCGACUGAUCAGUUUGACCUUGAAAGCAAGUUAAAUUUUGAUUUGGCUACAGUUUCCAAAUGGUUUUAGAGUAACCUGUUAACCCUAAAUAUUUCCAAAUGAAAUUUCGUAAUUUUAGUAACUCACAGAAGCUUAAACUGGUCGAUGACAUUUCCGGCAAAGUAAAUUCCACUGCUAUUAAAAGGUCUGACUCGUUUAAGUACAUGGGAGUUGAUAUAAACCAAACCGUGUCUUGGUCAGAGCACAUGCAUUGUUACUAUCAGUACAAAGAUCAAUCAAAAGAUUGGAAUGAUAAGGAGCAUACGACAUCUUUUACCUUUACAUGCUAAGCUUACACUACUACAAUAAUUAUUGCUUAAUCAUCCCACUGUUUGACUAUGGAGACACAGUGUGGGGUGACAAAUAUAACAACACACUUAUGGGCCAGCUGCAAGUCCUUCAAAACGAGGCAGCUAAGGUUUUGUUUAAUUUACCACCAAGAAGUUCAUCAACCUAGGCACUAGAGCUAUUGGACCUGAAGACCCUCUCCUCAAGGAGACAUCACAUUUCUAUCGGUGUGUUAUGAUGCAAAAAUAUCUGUCAGGGGAAAUUGAUUUUGAAUUUGACAUCAGUAGUGAUUUUCAUUCUUAUCAGACUCGCAAAAGUAAUGAUUUACGCCUUCCCGGUGUGCGUACCAAUUGACGCAAGCAGACUUUUAUUUUUCAAGCCUCUAAAGACUGGAACAACCUAUACAAUGACAUUAAAAACAACAAAAAUUGUCCCUUUUCAAGGCAAAGCUUAUUAAAACUUUGUAAUAAUGCCUAAUCCAAUUUUUAAACUAUUUUUAAAUUAGUUUUUUAUGUAAAUACCAAUUUUUAUCUCUACAUUUUCUUAGUUUUUGAUUUUUUAAGAAGGUGAUUUAGCAUUUAAUUUUUUUUUUCAUUUUUUCAUUUAUUCUUUACCGGGCCCCACUGAAAACCGCUAAGGCAAGUGGGUUCCAUGGACAAAUAUUAUGCUUGGGUAUCUAAAAGGUAGUAAUGCUGCGGCACAUUCUGUUGAUACUGGAAUUAGUUAGGCAGUGAGACUUAAAAGAAUCGAAAAUGAUAUUGAAUGUCCUAUUUACAUAUUGGAAAGUAACAAUUACUGUCAGUCUAUAGAAAGAACUCGUGGGAACGUUGUUUAGAAAAUGAUCGAGUGGUUAUCAACUCUGAUUUUCCCACAGUAAAUUGUAGGAAAUGAUAGAAAUUCAGAUUGAUUAUCCAUAUACGGGUGUUUAAUAUCCGGUGUACUAUCUUUUCUCUGGAAACAAUACUUUUCUUGCUGUUUAUUGCACUUUAUUAAAAAAGAGUUAUUUAUGAUAUAUUUAUAGAAAACAACAACACAAAAUGAGGGGAAAAAAAGAAAGAAGGAAAAAAAGAUUCGAGUAGGACUCGAACCCAGCACCUUCGGCUCGACGCGGUAACACAUAACCACUACACCACAAACGCUGAUUACAUAACCGUGGAGAAAAGUUUUUAAUUUUAUUCCUUUUCCAUGAAACUUCCGCCGGCAAGAUGAUCAAGCCGCAUUAACCGAGCAUAUUCCAUAGCAAUGAAUGAAUGAAAGAACAUAAUUAUGCUUUACAAAAUGCCGAUACACGUCCUUGUAUGCAAAAUAGGACGCAAAACGUGUGUUUUGUUAUCUCGAUUUCUGCUGUUAUUUUGAAGCUAAUGGUCAAAAUCACAUCCACUUUCGGCUCAUACAGGUUCUUAAGAAUAGCAUGGCAUGACAUUUUCUCACUUUCACAUCACCUCCUAGCAAGCUAGAAUUUGUACAUCCCCUGUGUUGCGGAGUCAAAGAGCAAAUGCUCAUCUUCUCGUCAAGUUUAAAGCCCGGACGAGUCAGAGGCUCUUGAAUUGAAAUCCAAUCCUCAAGUUAACUAUCGUACUCAUCUGAAAGACUCCUGCGUGUCUUAAAUUUGGUAAGACCUAAUCGUGCUUUAGAAAACUUGCCACAAAGAAACUCUGAGUCUGGGCAGCAAACGAUCGAUGCACGCUCAUUUGAGUUGUUCGCGGCACAAUGCAUUCUGGUAAAAAGUGAUGAAUUCGAGAAUUUGUUCCACCUUAUAUAUUUCCCUUAAAUCCUGAUUAUGUUGCUGCUCGCUCCCUACGGUCGCUCCGCAGCAAAAAUCAUCCUUAGCCCUCUUGCAUACAUAAGAGAUGCCCAUUGACUCGUGGGAAAGAGUUAUCAGUAAUUUUCUCACAAAAACGGGGACUUGUUCACACUGUUUUUCCUUUUUGUGCCAAUUUUCUAAAAAAUGUGCACUUUUACAGCGUCAAUGACAGAUUCUGCAAGUUACUAUUUAUGUUGGACAUUUGCCCAAAAUAUUGAUAUCAGGAAAAAUAGUGUUUUGAAUAAAGACAAACAUAUUUAUACAAGCCUUUUAUCAGUACACCUAAUAUUUUCCUUCUUUAGAUGUCUGGAUUGUAUUUUUUUUUUCUUACCAUGAUCUAAAAUUCAUAAGUAGUGUGCAUGCUGUGCUUUUAGUUUUAAUGUGUAAAAUUUGUGCCUUAUAAACGAGUAAAAGAAAUAAUAAUGAUCAUCAUCAUCAUCAUCAUCAUUAUUAUUUUUAUUGACCGCCUGGACUUAAACGGAAAAAAUGCCUGACUACGCCCCUGAUGUAAGUUAAUUAUUUUUCAAAUAAAAUCACUUCGUCUAAUAGUAUUGAUAUCAUUGUUUACUAUCAAAAAAGGGAAUGCCGCUGGCCUCUACCUUGCAGACCCACAUAAAUUAUUUGUAAAUAUAGUUACAGGCAUGCGCCAUCAACAUUUAUUUAUUUUAUUCCCUUUUUUGCGAGCCACAGUUUUUUGCCUUGUCUUUCCAUUUUGUUCUUAUUUUACUUGCAUUAAAUGCAUUUUUAGACCCAACAGCCCCUGUUUAGUGUUAACCAUUUACUGGCUCCUGGUAGCCAAACAUUCCAGUUUGAAAGUUAAAAUGGAACACAACUUUUCCAGUCUGUGAUGUACUUGGAUGAGAAGAUCACACACUCGGUACAAAUUUCUAGUCCACACGUCGGUAGUUUCGAAGACCGAAGCACGAAGCACCCAAAAAUCUCGAAAACGAAGCACCCAAAACUCGAAAACGAAGCACUCAAAACUCGGAAACGAAGACCCCUAAAUCUCGAAAACGAAGCACCCAAAACUCGAAACCACUGUAAGUUUAAUAAGUGCAACUUUACGUCUUACAUGACGCGAUCCGAAUCAGGUGGAGGCAGCGGAUGCGUCCGCACCUUCAAAGGUCCACAAAAUCCAUCCCAAGGUUUUAUAACCAACUGUUUCACUGAACGAUUCUAGAUAGGAUAUCCUGUAUUAAUUUUAUUAUUAGUCUCGCUAUACUUGAUACAUCUUACCCUAAUAUGCAUUUUUUCGGUACACAUACAUGUUUAUGUAGACUUCAAAACUGUCCGUCAGCAGAUUUUGGCGUAUUCAAGUACGCGGUAACACAAAAUGUCUGAAACGAGGCUGAAAACGGAGUGUGAGGCUCGCGCGUAUUACUCUUACGCCACGCUUUACCGACUUCUUCACUGAUUUUGGGAAAAAAACCGAUUGUUUUGCCGUCUAACAUAUUGGGAAUCUAUGACACUGCGUGAUCAGAUCAGAUCAGAUCCAGGCAGAAUUUGUUCUAGGAUAAUGGCCUGGGACCAGGCUCUAUGGUGGGGAACAGGAGAAUUCGAUUCGUUAUCGUGCUUGAUUCCUGCUGUAUUAGAAUUGGUCUCGUGUUUAUAAAGGACAGACCGGUUUCGAGUUUUUGGGUGCUUCGUUUUCGAUCUAGGGUGCUCCGUUUUCGAGAUUUAGGGGGUUUCGUUUUCGAGUUUUGGGUGCUUCGUUUUCGAGAUAGGGUGCUUCGUUUACGAUGUAGGGUGCUUCGUUUUCGAGAUUUGGGUGCUUCGUGCUUCGGUCUUCGUUUUCGAGUGCUUCGUUUUCGAAACUACCUCCACACGUCAUUAGUAAAUCUUGUUUAACCCACUGUUUCCUUUCACCGCUCCUUCAAGAGCAAAUACAAAUACAUCGACGAUACUCGAUACUUGAAAACUUGUUUAUGCAACGGAAUCAAACUGAACUGUCAAACUACAAAAGGGAAAAUACAAUCCAAGUGAAAACAUCGACGCUUAGGCUCAAAAUUUUGUGACCGACUGACCACAAGUUAGUCACUUGCUCGAAAAUACAUGAAUAAUAAAUUCGCGGGAUAAAGACGCAACACAGUCAUUCCCCAUCGAAGCAUCCAGCAUUUUCCACCAGAGUGUGACUGUUAUAUAUGUGUCAAUUUACUCAAGUGUAAAAGAAUUCUUUUUUUGAGUGGAAAAUGCCCAUGGUUUUAAAAUAACGGUCAAAUAAUUAGAUGUCUUAACAAAUGCUUGAAGUGCUAAGUAAAUUACAUGUUAUGGGAAUUACAGUUGAGUUGAGCACAAAAUUGGCUGCUGUGAGUAAUUUUACUGCUUGGUACUUUGUUGUGUUGCGCCUCCUGUAAAUACACUUAGUACAAUAUGUGUAUAAAUUAUGGUUUACAUGUACACUUAAAUCAUUCACUUGUCUUUUUUUGUAAUAGUGUUGUAUGUUUCUCUGUACAAUAGCAGUAAAUUAAUGUUUAUUUUAUACAUGUAUGUCUUAAUGCAUCUGCAUAAUUAUAAUGCCUAAUUAAGUGAAAAGAUGUCGUAGAUGCUACAUCUUUGGUUCAUACUCAGUCAGUGCUGAUCAUUUUUUUUUUGUUCACAUCACCUAUUAGUUUGUGAAUUUGUGUGCAUCUGAUGCUGAAAGGGUCUCCCAAGGAGUGAUAUUUAGUAGCUUUGUUCUAGGUAAGAAUAAUACGUUAGAAUUACUAAAUUUCAUUAGGAUUCGAUCAUAUUUAUACUGUCAAGCUUAAUCUUUGAUUUGAAAUUUUGUUUGCUCUUGUUUAAUGUUGUUUAAGAAAAAUGAUGCUUUGUUCCAGACUUGAAUCUUAUAAUCUCACAUCUACAUAAAGAACAACUGUGAAAGCAGAAUAUAAUAUUACCUGCCAACUCAUAAUCAGGCGCGCUAACCAUAUAACUGCAAUUCAAAAACUUCGAUCUCAUUCCUAACCACACAUUUAGACCAAUUUCUCACCCCUAUUAACAGAAAAAUUGCAGCCGUUUCUGACACAUUUUUGAGAAAUUUAUAAUUUAAAAAAAGUGUACCAAACUCAUUGCCAGAAAAGGCCAUGCUAAUUGUGCACGUUUUUGAUAAUCUCCGAUUUUGGAACUUUGUUUAGGGAGCAGUCAUUAUUUUUCUUGAGAAUUUCAGAAUUUUUUCAGAAUGACUUGGGAAAUCUUUGAAAGUCGUUUUGACAUGAUUGGGUCCCCCAUGAAAAGUACUGGCACCCUCUAGAUGAGGAUUAUUGUCAUGUGUGCGACUCACAAACAGCUGACAGGUGUAAUAAUAAUAAUAAUAUCACUGUUUGAAUGUCCCUAUGUUAUUCAAGAAGCCUAGUAUGAAGAAAAAUUCUGAUUCCCAGUUUCUGACCCGGGACAAAUUUGCUGAGAAUUCUACAUGUGAUUCAAUUGAAGGCUGGAUGUUCUUAGUAUCUCUGUUUUAUAUAUAUUUUCAAAUAGUUUGAAUUUUCUUUUCUUUAAUUUCUUAGGUGUUAUUUAUAGCUCUAUCAGAGACAAUAAUACAUGAUACUAAUAAUACAAUAAAAAAAUGAUUGGUUCUCAAAAAAAUUCAGGAACCAUUUCGAAAAGAAUUAAAACAUUUAUUUAUCAAGUUAACCCAAACAACAUUUUAAAAUGAGUGAUAACAAACAAUGCUAGACAGCAUGUUGGUAGCAAUGCAGGUCACAGGUCACAAGUGCAGGUUAGAGUACAGGUCCCUAUGCUAAGGUAAAUAAUUAAACAAUGCUAAAAGUGUGUCCUAGCUCUAAUAAUCACAAUCCAAAAUAGAAUUUAUGCUUAAGGGGAAACUGUUCAGUAUCUGAGUUUUUGAUAAUUAUCAAUAGAGCAGCGACCUGUUACCUGUGUUUCCUACCUGCCAGAUAAAAUAAGAAAUGGGAACAAAACAAUUUGUACAACCAAGUGAAAAGUAGCUUGACCAACCUUGUUAUUUACUCUUGAUAAUGGGGAAUGCUGUUGUCGAGACAUUGUGUUUGUAUCUCUCAAAAGGUGGAUUGUGAGGUGAUCCCUAUAAAAAGUCCCCUAACUGAACUUUAAAAAUAUUAAAAAAUUAUUUAAAAAAUGCGCGUAAAAAAAAAGGCAGAGUUGUCUGAAGGAUGCAUGGUUCCCUUUACUCCCGGAUUAGUCCUAAACACUCCAUCCGACAACUUGGCUUAGUAUUAUUAUUAGUAACAGCACAAGUUAACUAUGUUACUGCAAAUUAUUAACAAACAGUAUUUUGUUGAUUUUAAAUUUAAUGUUCUAACUUUUUUCAAGCUUUCCCUGUGAUUAUUGUAUGCACCACUAUCUACACAAUCCUUUACAUUGGGCCAUCUGCUUUGAUAGGAUGUGGCUUGUUUGCUCUUUUUUUCCCGGUUCAGGUAAAUGCAUGUAAAAUAUGUAAGAUAAUUGAAAGGUGUAUUACCUAAAAGGAAAAAAUACAACAAGGCUUACACAACAGUUUUUCAAGUUCCGGGGACUACUGGAUUCAAGUGCAUAGCAAAGCCAGGGGGUUGUGGUGGUACUGUUGUUUUUCAUAGGUUGCAUGAAAUGAAAACUUUAACUGCCUCAUCUCUGUGUUUGGUAACUCACUCUUGUGCAAAAAAUAGCCGUGAAAUUUCAGACAGUUUUACAGUUGCAAAAAGCACUGAACAAAUAGCAGGGAAACGCCUUGUCAUUUUCAAAAUUUUUUGGCAUCUUUUCUUCUUUAAUGAUUACUCUAUUGUUAUUAUCAUUAUUUUUAUUAUUUCUCACAAAACGUGGAGGCCCAAGGUCCCCCUGGCCCUUCCCCCAGCGCUGGCUUUGUACAAACAUUCAUUCAUUCAUCACCGGUAGAAAGCUUUUUGACCACAUAGUCAUGAAUUUUUCUAUCCAGUACCAUACAUUUUGGUUAAUUUUUUAUAUGUUUACAGAACACUGCAUGAAUGUUGAUAGUGAGUUCUAAGCUGUUGUCACUUUUCUUUUUUUUAAGGCAAUCAUUGGUAGAGUUGCAGGAAGAUUCCGCUCCAAAGUGGUUGCAAUCUCAGAUAGAAGGGUAAUGACACUCCUCAGGCAACUUGAAAGCAAAGACGACCCAAAACUUGAAAACACAUUUUCUCUUCCCUCAAAUUGACCGAGCAGAAAGGCCUCAAGAAAAUAGUUUCCCACUUUUGCAUUCCUCUGGUGGCCUAACCACUCAUUUAUGCAUGUGCUCUUUUAGAAACCGCCUGCUACACAUUCCACUGUCUAGCCCAGUGACUGGUCCGAUUUUACUAUCCAGUCCACACUGCAUGGUUUCACCUAAAAUGUUUAACCAUAAAGGGGAAAAAGGGGUAAAGGAGAGGAGAAUAUUGCGUUGCUAUCACCCAGGCUUAAGUGUUGGAAAGUGACGCCAGUGUGUGAGCUGCAUCUCAAAGGGCGCUACUAAUAAUUGAAAAUUAGCCUUUGCUUUUAUCCCAUGCUGAAAAAAUACACUGUGACUUUAACAAAGAAGUGUGCUGAAUUCCUAAAAAUAAAACUAAGUAUACACUCUGAAACACUAAGUACAGAGCAAACAUUAAAAAUUUAAACUCAUCUGUUUUUCCCGAUUUUUUACUGACAGGAGUGGGCAUCUGUACGCAGGCUAAACAAAUGUUUGUAAAUUGAUAAUUGUUCUGAAAGUAUCAGUGGAAUUUGUAAGUAUUAAGCAUCAUUAAAGAAAAAGGUUAUACUUUUCAGGUACGAAUGAUGAGUGAAAUAUUAAACUGCAUCAAACUGAUCAAGAUGUAUGCAUGGGAAAAACCAUUUGCCAAGGCUGUAAUUGGUAUGUGCAUUUUUGUUCUUAAUACAUUUGUAAGUCUAAUAAUUAAAAAUACAAUUUUCAUCUGUAUAAUUAUCUCAAAAGAAGCAAUUACAACUGCUGUCAAAAACAUAGAAAGUUUUUUCGUGGAAAAAAAAACUUUUGCCCUCAGUCACGGUUGAGUUGUUUUCCACACAAAUCCUUGUAAAUUUUGAAAUUUUCAAACUGUCGUAAUCUUUCCCCUACCCCAACAUCUCGCGUGGGUUGUGUGUGAUGUAUUGCUUAAGCAUUCAUUUAGCCAACUUUUCCCUGUGCUUUUUGCAGCUAUUCGUCGUGCUGAACGCAAAGCCCUUGUAAAGGGUUCCUUUCUCCAGGGAUUGAACAUGGCAGUAGCCUUAAUUAUUCCAACUAUGGCAACAGUGGGUACAUUUUGUGUGCAUGUUGCCGCUGGCAAAGAUCUCAGUACAUCACAGGUGUGUAUUAAACAGUUCUAUCUUGAUUUUCUUGCUGUCAUUUGACAUAUAUUUCAUUCAUAGAGUUUUAUGCUUUCAGGCAUUCACAGUGACAACAAUAUUCAGUGUUAUAUUAUUUUCUUUGGCUGUUUUACCAUUUGGCAUAAGAGGUAUUGCUGAGGCCAGGAUUGCACUGAAGAGAGUUCAGGUAUUCAAAUUUCAUCCCAUUAAAACGGUUUAGUUAAAUGGAUUAUCUUAUGUUUUACUGAAAACUGUCCUAAAAAAUUAUGAAGAGCAACUGAACAAGUUGCUGGUGCCUUUUUUUCCACCAGAAUCUAUCUUUGAAUUAAUGUUUUAGUGCAGUGAACAUAUUCUGUACAAUAAUUAUUAUGCUAUUGAUGAUCUUUCAGAUUAAGUAAACAACUUUAAAUUUAUAAUUAUUCACACCUUCUUCUUUUUAGGGAAGAAAUCCCACCUCUUUUAAACGUUACAGUGUGUUAUUAUCUUAAUUUUUCUUGAGAACGUUUGUGUCUGUCAUGAAAACCACUCCCUGGUUGGAGAUAAAUUUUCAACCAACACGUAUGGGCUGGAUUUUAAACCUCCUGAGUACAUAUUUGUAGUCAGAUUUUGUGAAAAACGAGACAGUGCAGUGUUCCAUUGUUUUUAAUGACAGUCAACUGCUAUUUUGUAGAGUUUGAUGGUGAUGGAGGAACUUGAACCUUUUGUUGAGAAGCCUUCAGAUCCACUGGUGUCUGUAUCAAUAUCAGAAGCAACAUUUGCUUGGGACAAGGUGCAUGUUUCAUUCUUAACUGGAUAUAGAUACGAAUGUAGAACGUAUCAUAGGAAGCAUGUUAUAACUUAAUUUUGCGUUCAAGGCAGGGUUGUGGAUUUGUUCUUUAGUUUUGGUAUAAGUGUUGUAAUUAGUAAGUGAAAAUAAAGAAAACUUGAAACAUAAAUCGACCGUCAAAAGUGAGAGAAAAAUUGCCACAUUUUCUUAAGGGGAAUCCUGUAUCUAGGCGCAAUUUCAUAGCAACAGAUUUUGUUAUUGAAUAACCACCAAGUAAGGGUGCGGGGGAAAGGGCGACGAAUUCUGUCAUGAAACGGUCGAUCAGAGAAACGAUUUGUCUGACGUGUGAAAGACAUUGUUCGUAUCUCCAGCUGGCUAAAACUCAGUUUGUGAGCAAAAAAAGUAAUGCAUGAUAUGGCUGCUUUUCUGCGAGUAUGUCUUUGUAUGUGUGUGAUGAAAAUGUUUUGCUGCAUAGCUCUCAGUAUGACGAAAGUAAUGGAACGUAGAAUUAACUUCAGUUUCGCUGUAGCCCGGACCUGUUUAUAUGCGUGUUGGUUGUUUUUUGAUUUGCGUUUUUCAGAAUGAAAGAUUCAACCGAUUUGUAUGAUUUUUGGCAUCCUUAAUAAUGCAACGAAAGCCCUUGUAUUUGGUAAUUUGUUCAAGCUUUUUAGACUUGCCAUCACAUUCGCACGGGAAGUUUACCACUUGGGAAUAAAGAUGAAGACAAAUAUGACAAUCGUCUUAUUCUUCUCAUUAUCCCCAACAGCAAACUGCCCGUGCGAAUGUGACGGUAAAUCUUAAAAGCGUGAAUAAAUUACCAAAUACAAGGGUUUUCAUUGCAGCUGAAAAAUGGAUGGUUAGAAGUACUGGAGUUGGUGGCCUUAUUUCUCUUCAAAACGGGAACCUGCGACGCUAAAAACUCUUCACAGUUUUUCGUAGACGCUAUAUUUUGCUUUGUGAAAGGUUUGAACCCAGGAGGCAUUUCAAAAGUAGGUUGAGUUUGAUCGUCCGGGUGAACGUAGUCCUGAAUAAGACUGUUGUUGUUGACAGUGACUGACGUUUCGACAACCUGUGCGGUAGUCAUCUUCAGAGUCAAAGUGAGUUGUAUCACGUCAGUUGAUGGUAUUAUACUCUGGUUAUUGAUUUGAUUGGUCAAUUACGUCGUGAUGUUAUUGGUCGUCUGUCAGUUAAGCUGUGAUGUUAUUGGCUAUGAAGACUCGUAAUCAGUAAUUGGUGCGUUUCGAACAGUCUUUUGUCACAGUUAGUCGUCUAUUGUUAGUCAGAUUGUCAUUCUCUCGUAGUUAGUUUUGCUUGAUCUCGUCAAUAAGUCGUUUGUGCGGCGCUGGUAACUGUUGGCUACGAUUCAGUGGCGUUUGUUCUAAUAUUUUGCUUUGUUAAGAUUUGUGUCCAAAAGAGAUGGACAAAUACAAAGUAAGUUUGAUGAAUAGAGUUUCUUUAAUAUCACCGCGCACUCAGCUUAAAAUUGUUCUUCUUAAAGUGCUAACUGUAUUCGCCGUAUGUUUCUGAUUACUCCGUUUCUUGCAAUAAAGCUUUAGGUAGGAAUAUCCUUUAAGACAGGAGAUAGUCUGUCGGCAGUCUUCCUCUAUUUGUGCGUUAACUUUCACAAAUGUGUUAGCGUAGCAUUUUAAGGUUAAAUUUGACCAGCAUAUUGUGCAGCGAGUUCUAGGGUCACGAUUGCCUUCAAACUUGGAGAUGUAAAACUAUAGAGCUCUUAGGCUUAUUUGCUGAUGUUAGGUAAAAAAUGCGCUUUUAAAUAUAUGCCGAUAUCUCAAAGGUUUUUAUACCUACAAAAAAAUAAAUAACAUUUUCUUUAAGUUCCAUUAUUAUUUAUUAAGGAUGUCAAAAAUCAUAGAAAUCGGUUGAAUCUUUCAUUCUGAAAAAUGCAAAUCAAAAACAUAACCAACACGCAUAUAAAUAGGUUCGGACCACCUUAAUUUAUGUCACUUUGGUAUGCGAUGCAUCGUUGAAAUCUACCUUUGAUCUCAAAGUAACGCGGUAACACUCUCAAAGGAAGAAGUAUGUGCCCUUACGCUGUACACUCUGUUUGGUGGUGCUUUUUUUGGUGAUAGUUACGUUUUUCAAAAGAUGUUGAUGCACAGGUUAGUCAGCUUUGAGAGAGUUUUCCUCUACGUAAAAUAGCUACCUAUAUACUUACAGGUCAAACCAAGGGCAGAAAAUAAAGGGAAAGGUGGCUUUGGUGCUAGGAAUGGCUCAAAACAAGAUGAUGGUCAGUGCUGAAAGGAUAUCUUCUUACGUUGUAUUAAAUCCUUAUAAUUUACCCAAUUUUAUAAAGUAGAUAAAAAUGAUGACAUAGCAAUUUGUCACUCCUGGUUACCUCAGCAGAUACCCAGCUUAUUGAAGCAAAACAUACUGCUAGCAAAAGAAAAGAAAAUGGUCAGAAGGGUGGAGCCGGGCAGGGUAGGCGGGGUCCAACCCCUCUUGAAGUCAAAACCAUGUUGGAACCAGCACUGUUCGAUAUUGAUCUCACAGUUCACAAGGUAUAUUAAAUGAAUGGAAUGUGUUUAGCCCUUUUUUGUGAUUGGUUUGUGUUUUUAUGGUACUAUAUCUAGUUAACUGUGGUUUUCUUUGCAUUAGUAUUAUGUUGGUUAGUUAUAGCGAGUAAUGCAGUGCACUGUUAGCAUUGUGCUCUGAUAGUGACUCUUGUUAUUUUUCUAGAAAACACUUGUUGGAAUUUGUGGCAGUGUGGGAAGUGGCAAGAGCUCACUUUUGCAGGCUCUCCUAGGGCAGGUAGGUAAAUAGUAAAGUUGGCUUAAAUAGAAUGUUGGAGAAAGAAACCAGUAUGAAGGCACUCCUUGAGGCGGCUCAUGUUUUGUUGUGUUUCCUCUGAUCUGUCUCUUUGUGCCGUGCAAUUAUACCUUAAUCCGUCAGACAAACUGCCUAUGUGGCAAGCCCAAAUAUUGAUUUAAAAAUACCUUUAUACUUCUGUUGUAACAUGUUUCUUGUUAGAUGAGGGUACAGAAGGGUAAUGUGAUGCUAGGCGGGUCAACAGCUUAUGCAGCUCAGCAGGUUGGUACCAUUCCUCCACUGAUUUUUGUCCCAUUUUCACUUCUUUGUUGUUUACAUACAAACUCAGCAGAUCUGAUAUACUCAGACAACAGUCGCCAAAAAACGAUAACAACAACUACAAAAAUAGAAAAGAAAUUAGACAAUUUGCUUUGAUAGUACUUUGUUCACCGCAAUACAUGUAUCUGAAAACUUUCAAAGUCGUAGUGUUCCUGUAGGCGUGGUGCCUUUUACAAGCCACGUAUUUGUGUCAGCAAAGUGGGCUGAUACUGCUUAGAUCUAGCUUUACAAGUAAGAUUUUUAUGUUGCUUAUGAUGCUAAGGGAUCGGUUAAAAUGGCAUUGCGGCUGUAAAAUUCCAAAGAUGAACUGCGAUUCUCGUUUAAUUGUGUAAAUUAUGACGUUUUGGUUUCAAAACCUGAGUUGAGUAAGUGAAAAAUAUAUUUGUCCACACCUAAACGAAUAUAGCAAAUCAGAUCAAAAAUCGCUUAUAGACUUUCAUAAGCUUGUUGCUCAUGGAUGUUUUCCCCCAAUAUUUGAUUGGCCCAGAGACCAUUACGCUAUCUCCAGGCCCCAGUUGUUCAAACGCUGGAUAGCGCUCUUCACCGAGUUAAUCAGUUUCCAGCGGAAAAGUUUUAGGGAGACCAAUUGCUUUAUCCACUGGAUGAUGGCACUAUCCAAAUUUUCAACUACUGAGGUCCGAUAACUGACUGCUGCACUUAGGUGCAGGUUAACCGCUGUCUUUGGGGGACAAUGGUGACUUUGCACCCCACCACCUCCUCGUCACAAAAGUACAAAGAAAAACAAACAUACGGGGAGAUUGAUGAAACUAUUGCAUGGACGAUGUUUAACAAAUAUCGUGAUUUGUCUCUCAGAUAUUUAUUUUUUUAUCACCAGUAACAAGUCGUGAUAUUUCGCUAGUUAUAUACUCGUGCUGAUACAAGGUAGAGCGCUUGUGAGGGAAUACAAACUUUUCGUUGAAAGAAAGGUAAAACUAUUCAAGGUUUUAAUGAUCUCCUUUUAAAUUCUAUCUGGUUAUAGGCAUGGAUAAUGAAUGCAACUGUAAGGGAUAACAUUCUGCUAGGAAAACCAUAUCAUGAAGCACGGUAAUACACUUAAUAUUCUGUUAAAUAUACAGAUACAUAUACAUAAAUGAUAACAAUAUCUCUCCUCGCUACAUACACCUAUUGCUACGUCUGGCCAUCAAUAUCACUUUUAAGGACGAUCAUUAUCGGAAGUUGUUUUGCCUUAUAGUGGCAAUUUCAGGAAUUGAAAGACCAACACACAGCUGAAAAUGAAAUUAUCAACUGUUGAAGUGAGCAUAUUCGGUCAUUUCUUAAAAACUCCAUGCGUGAAGUUCAUCUUGGAACUUAAGUGAAGCAAUGAAUGAUUUUUCUUGCGCAAGGAGUGUAAGAUGGCGCAUGUGGUGUAAUAGGAUUCUGCAACAGGACGCUGAAUGGUAAAGAGAGUUGUUAUUUAGUUGCUUCCAAAGUAAUCAUACCAAAAUUACACUUAUCUAAUGUACAGGCAUGUCAAGUAGAACGGGUACUGCAUGUACUACUUUCAAAACAAUUUUUUAUUGUAUAUUUCAAUUUUGUUGUUAGGUACAAUGCUGCAUGUUUUGCCUGUAGCUUGGAACAGGACUUGAAGAUUUUACCCAGUGGUGAUCAAACAGAAGUGAAUAAAAAUUACAAUUAUAAGUAUAUUUUUGACGUUCUUUACAGUAUAUUGCUUCUCUGUGUCUUAAUAUCCUCGUAUUUAAUGUAUCUCUUAUAAACACAACAUUUAACAAUAAUUGGAUGAGGCUGAGUAUUAUCUGAAGAAUUAUGGAGAUCGAGAUGGGUGUUGUCCGCCUAGGCUGAUUAACACCCUGCGAGAUCUCCAAAAUUCUUCAGAUGAUAAGAAAGCCGAAUUCAAUAAUUGCUUUAUUAUUCAUUCAAAAUAAUUCCUAGUUUAUAAACAAGCUAAAGCAUACUUACCUCCAUCGAUGCUAAGUUCAUCUUCGAUAGUGCAAGUUCAACGACAAGUUUACGAGGUAAAGGGUUGUUCAGUUCUGCAAAUAUUCUCCAAAUAGCGGAUGUCGUCUGUCGAGUUGUCGUCUUGCUGUUCUUGCUCUGUUUUUGGCCAAUACUUCGCCUGUUUCUUCCUCGUGAAAUGAGUGAACUGUUCCGUCAUUUAUAUUCUAAUUCGCUACCCCGCUCAAACGAAUAUAAAACAUUUAUCAUGUAACAAGCAACCUCAAUUGGGGUGUGUCAACACGAGCCGUGUGCGACCCUCUUUAUUAUGCCUUCAUCAACAGAAUGGAUGGAAAUAAUACAACAAACAGAAUGAAAACUCGGAAAUGUAAAAAAUUACAGCAAGAAAAACAACCCAACAAAAUGAUCUUAACUAUGCUCGUAUAACCAUGAUUCAGUAAACAUACAAAACGUGCUAAACCUUUCAUAUAGCAGCAUGCAAAAAACUACGUCUAAGAGAAACCCCUGAUCACUGGGUAUUUAAUUUUGAGGGCGUAGGGACGGUCGUAAGACGCGAAUGAAUAUAAAUGAGAACAACUCAAAUAUAUGUAGCCUACCGCUAAUGAAGCAACAGAACAGCAUACCAUGUAACACCCCAAAGAAAAGAUUACAUAACCCAUGAUAAAUACAUUUUGUACCCACUACCAAAACAACUCAAACCUCUUCCCCGGGUCUUCUCGGGUUAACCGUUCAGUUUUUUGGCAAUUAUGCUGCGAAAUUGAUGUCAUUUCUUACAUAUCGCAAAAUUCUUCCAAAUUUGGUCGAUAGUAGCUGGUUAUGAUGAAUUAUGUGUGGGAUUUUAGCCAAUCAGAAGCGGAGAAAUAUUUUGGAAUGAAUAGUAAUAUAUCUUAUAUGCAGCCUUUCUUGGAAAGGGAGAUAAAGUUUAUGUCCUGGAUUAUAUUUGACUCUAAAAAUACCAAGUAUACAUUUUAAAUGGAAAUUUCAUGCCUGCCUUUUCGAGAUAUUUAGGGUUUUUGGGUCAUUUUGGGGUUUAGGUUGUUCUGUUUUAAUGGAACAAUUUGUAAGCUCCAGUGGAUUCCUUAUAUUUUGUUCAAUCGACGAUACGUAAGGAAAAUAUUACAAAGGAGUGCAGGUGACAGUUGUUUAUUCAAACGCCAUCUGCAUAUUUCCAGUUAAGAUGAAGGCUUAACCCCUCCCCCAAUUCAGAAAAUUCCUCAUAGUUUCACCGUUUUAUUUUUCACCUUGUGGUGACCAUAAAUGUCCGUUCCCAAACACUGUUAAACAAACGAUCAAUGACACUUUGCUAUGUUCUUGAUAAUAAUCGUCGAGGCUUGAAUAGCUGUGUGUAACUUUGAAUGUGCUCGCUGAUAAGAACAAAACUUGUUGAUAAAGCUCGUGUGCUAGGGAAUGUUUAUUGAGUUGUUUCUGUUUGGUGUAAUUAUUUUGUAGAUUGGAGAGCGAGGAAUCAACCUUAGUGGAGGGCAAAAGCAGAGAAUCAGCUUAGCAAGAGCAUUGUAUGCUGACAAGGUGAUGACUAUAUGUAGCCUGUUUCACUUGCUGAUGUUUUGCGAGUAGUGUUAACACGGGCCUAGGCCAAACGUCGAAAUUUUCAUGAGACGAACCAAAGUUAGUGAGUUAAGUCCAUGAAAAGUUCGACGUCUGGCUCAGUUGAAUUCGUCUAAAUGAGUUUGGAUCGUCCAACACAGAACGUCUGAAUAUCGUCUCCGGGACAAACGUCGAUCUUCACAUGCGACGAACUAAACUAAUGAAUUAAAAAUUUGUGUAAUGUACUUUUAGCCUCAUUCGGGAGAAAAUGUAUUAAAAUUGCUUUUAGGUCUGGUUUAGUUGAUUGGUUCAACGCGUCUUAGGUUCGACGCCUGACCCAACAGACGAUUUUAACAUUAAUUUAGGUCGACGCAAAUUAAAGUUUGGGUCGUCUCAUGAAAUGUUCGAAGUUUGGCCUAUGCCAGAGGUGUCUUUCACGAUGCGAAUAGUUGGCUGACGGCAAAUCGCUUCCAAACAUGUUUCGCCGCUAAACUAGCGUACGAAAACUAAAGAGACCGUGUUUCCCAUGCUCCUCUUCUUCCCUGUUUCUCAAAUUAGAGACGAUUGGAAAGAAGAAGACAUCUUAAUUAGAUAUGAAUUAUUUUGUUCGCAGGACAUAUAUUUGUUGGACGAUCCGUUGAGCGCAGUAGAUGCCCAUGUAGGACUUCACAUUUUUAAGCACUGUAUUAAAGGAUCCCUCCGGAACAAAACCGUCCUGUUUGCUACACACCAGUUGCAGGUAAUGCCGUGCUCUGUGUUGUGUGCUUAGUUGUUUUAUGUGAACAACCUAUGAAUUUGUUGGUGAGGUGUUGCAGUCUUCCAUCUUGUUAAGUUCUGUCCGCCACAACUCGCUAAAUAAACACAUUUUACACAUAAAAUUUAUAAACAAUAAACUGGUAAAUUACUUUUAUGGAGAUUGUUGAUUGAUGGUAUAUUGAAGCGCAUGAAGUAUGUUUCUAGUUCCCAUGAUCCUUCACUUCGAACCAUGUGCUCUCCUAAUGGCGGUUGACGAAUAAACCCAUGUUGUUGUCGUGUUCCUCGUUCUCCACUCUAACAAAUCAACAUGAUGGCAGCCUGGGGAUUUAGUUAAGGAAAUGACGGCUACAGAAACUGGGCUGUUUAGACUUCCUCCCCAACUAGAUGUGAAUUCGGGAAAUGUGCCCGAGAACUUCAAACGGUGGAAACGGCAAGUGGAAGUGUACUUAGCAGCUUCUGGAGCUUCAGAGAAAGACGAUAAAGUACAAACUGCCAUCAUUUUAAACUGUGCAGGCCCUCAUGUUCUCGAAGUGUACGAUACUUUUAUUUGGACAGAUAAUGGCGAUAAAGAUAUACCCGAUAAAGUUUUAGAAGCAUUGGAAAGAUACUGCAACCCGCCUGACAAUGAAGUCAUCGAAUCUCACAGAUUCUGGAACAUUCCAUACCAGGAACCGUUCGACACAAACCUCACACAAAAGGAGAGAAAAGUUAAAAUUCAACUGCAAAUUUUGUGGAUACAAACAUGAGAAACAAAGAGUCAAAAAUCCUGCUUGGGGCAAGACAUUUGACAACUGCAAAGGUCUUAACCACUUCAAGACUAAAUGCAAAAAUAUUCAUCCACUUAACCAAUCCAAUGAUAAUGAGGAAGAUUCCGAUGAUCAAUGGCUCAUGGCUGUAAGCAAUCGGACAGACAGUGUUACUUCCACACUUAAUUUAAAUGAUAUUGAUGUCAAAUUCCAACUUGACACUGCAGCUGAUGUAAAUACCAUCUGUCAGAAACAUGUAAGACAACACCAAGUGUCUCCUACAACUGUUCGCCUUAACAUGUGGAAUAAAACUAACCUGAAACCUCUGGGAGAAACGCGCCUGAUCAUAAAAAUCCUCGCACUAGUUCUGAAUCAGAAAUAAAGUUUAUCGUGGUCCCAAAUGGUUUCACAAACCUGUUAGGUCUGAACACUAUUCAGGAACUUGGUUUUAUAACCAUAAAUAAAGAACGUUUCAUCUCACAAGUAUCAACCCCACAACUUGGUGAUCUGGGCGAAGCCACCCUCAGAAUUGAUGAAAGUGUUCCUCCCAAAGUAUUGCCUGGUAGGAAAGUUCUUAUUGCCAUUCAAGACGCAGUAAAGGAGGAACUAGAUCGACUUGUAAACAAAGGCGUACUGGUUCCAGUGACCGAACCAACUGAAUGGGUCAGUCAAAUGGCGGUUAUACAUAAACCCAAUGGUAAAUUGCGCAUUUGUAUUUAUCCUCAACCCCUAUAUGCUGUACUCAAGCGUGAACAUUAGCGAUUACAUGUGCUUUAUGAUGUGCUUCCUAAGCUUAAAGAUGCAAAGAUCUUUAGCAAACUAGAUGUAAAAGAAGCGUAUUGGCAUGUUCGACUUGAUGAAGCAUCCAGCAAACCCACCACAAUGAUUACACCUUUUGGUCGCUACAUGUGGAAGCUAAUUGUACUUUAUGAUGUGCUUCCUAAGCUUAAAGAUACGAAGAUCUUUAGCAAACUAGAUGUAAAAGAAGCGUAUUGGCAUGUUCGACUUGAUGAAGCAUUCAGCAAACUCACCACAAUGAUUACACCUUUUGGUCGCUACAUGUGGAAGAGGCUACCCUUUGGCCUCAAAGUCUCAAGUAAAAUUUUCCAGCGCAAGAUUGAUGAGGCGCUAGGUGAUCUCGAUGUUGUAUUCAAUAUAGUGGUUGAUGUAGUCAUUGUAGGGUGUGGCAACUCAGAUGCUAAAGCUCAGAGUGACAACCAGCAAAAACUAGCAGUGACAUUGAAAAGGUGUGCUGAGAAGAGCAUUAUCCUAAAUGAGGAUAAGCAACAAACUGGUCUGGAUGAGAUCAUAUUUCAUGGACACAGAAUCACGAAAGACCGUGUGAAAGUUGAUAAAGCUUAAGUGCAAGCUAUCCGAGACAUGCCAGCACCCACUGAUGUGGAAUGUGUGAAGCGCCUAUGUGGCAUGGCUCAGUACAUGACAAAGUUCUUACCCAACUUUGCAGCAACACUUGAACCAAUCCGUGCUCUAACUAGAAAGGAGACCCCAUUUGUAUAGUCGAAAGAAUGUGAAGAUGCUUUCAACACACUCAAGAAAAUCUGUCUGAGUCUCCUUGCUCAGCUUACUUUGACUCCUCGAAAGAAGUGGUAAUUCAAGGAGACAGUAGCAAACAUGGAAUUGGUGCCGUGCUACUCCAAGGAGGGCGUCCUAUUGAGUACGCAUCUAGAGCAUUGACCCCUUCAGAACGAAAUUGGGCUCAGAUAGAGAAAGAAGAUUUGGCUGUCCUUUAUGGCCUUGAACGAUUUAAUCAGUAUGCUUAUGGUCGUGCAGUAGCAGUACAGAAUUACUAACAACUUCUUGCUGCCAUACUACGCAAGCCGCUGAGCGUGGCUCCAAAGCGUCUUCAAGACAUCAUGAUGCGUUUUAACCGGUAUGAUGUCAACUUUGUAUUUGUGAAAGGCACUAAUCUACACAUUGCCGACACCUUAAGUAGAGCUCAUUUAGACUCUGUUGAAGGUAACCAGGACGACCGUGCACGAAUAUAUACCUUUGCUGAAAUCCCAGAUAAGCGUUUGGACGAGAUAAGAGAAGCAACUUUGCGCGACACUAGCUUACAAACCGUUAUCAAGUUAGUCUUGGAUGGAUGGCCUCAAGACAAGCACAAUAUUCCCCCUCAAGCCUUACCUUAUUUUGACAUCCGUGACUCUCUCAGUAUAGUAGAUCGCAUCUUAGUAAAAGGAGAAGCAAUAGUAAGUCCAUCUGAACCGAGAGCAUCUAUCAAGAAAAGACUCCAUAGUGCACAUCUAGGCUGUGAAAGUAUGAAGCGUCGAGCUAGAGGCAUUGUUUUCUGGCCUGGCAUGGCCCAUGAUAUUAAACAGUUAGCCGAUUCGUGUGAAACCUGCCAAGAAAUGAAGCUACGAAACACUUAACAACCAUUGAAACAACACAACGAAGGCGAUAGACCUUGACAAAAGAUUGGUUUGGAUUUCUUUGAAAUCGCAGGAAAGCACUACUUGAUUGUGGUGCACUAUUACUCUAAUUUCAUAGAGAUUGAUCUACUGACAAGCCAAACACGCACCCGUACCAUAAGUCUUCUCAAGCAACAUUUUGCGUGGUACGGCAUACCAAUAGUAAUCGUGUCAGAUGGAGGUCCCCAAUUUACCAGUCAAGAGUUUAACUCAUUCAUGACAAACUGGGGUAUUUCCCAUCAUACAUCAUCACCCAUGCAUCAAUGUGCUAACGACAAAGCAGACUCCGCUGUGAAGAUUAUGAAAUCCUUGCUAAUCAAAACUUACAAGGAUGUUGGCGAUCCCUAUGAAGCCAUACUCGAACAACGAAACACCCCUCGUCAGGACACUGCUUUGAGUCCGACGCAAAUGAUGUUUAACCGCAAAACACGUAGUUUCUUAUCAAGCUUAAGCAGUAACCCAAAGAACACUCUUGUGAAAGGAAAACGUGAUGCGCGAAAACGGAGCGUGAAAACAUAUCAAGAUCGGAGAUUACGCAAACUCUCAGUUAUUGAAAUUGGACAGUAAGUAUUCUACCGACACACAGAAGGUCAGAACUGGAAGUGGAGCAAGGUAACUGGAAUUUUAGGCCCUUAUACGUACUAAGUGGAAGGUGCCGAUGACGGCAAGUACAGAAGAAACCGUGUCCAUCCAAGACCCACCAAAGUAGUAAGAACUCCUCGCGAUGUAUCUCCUAUCGUUUUGUCUGGUACUCCUGACCAAGUAUUAAAUUCAGCCGUGCCUACAGUUCCUCAAACUCCAACCACUGGCGCUGAGGCCAAAGAAAGUCAUUCGCAUAGUGAGGCAACUACUCCUAUUAAGAGUCCCGCACCACACAGGCCUAAACGUGAAAGCAGAUUACCUAUUCGUUUUAAGGACUAUGUACUCAAGUAGAGACUGUUUCUGGUCAGUUGAACUGCUUUAUUUAGGAACUUUGCUUACUAACGAUACUGUUUGAGUUCCUUGUUGUGGACAUCUUCAGUGAAAGAUUCGGCAUUCAUAUUUAGUUGCUAAGAAACUCCAUUGUUAUUUUUCUAAAGUCGAAGGGAUGUUGAUUGAUAGCAUAUUGUAGCGCACAUGAAGUAUGUUUCUAGUUCCCAUGAUCCUUCACUUUGAACCAUGUGCUCUCGUAAUGGCCGUUCACGAAUAAACCCAUGUUGUUGUGUUCUACUCUUGUCGUGUUCCUUGUUCUCCACACUAACAAAUCAACAGAAAUUAAAAAUGUUCUCCCUUUUACAAAAUUGCUGGAUUUUUUUCCACAGUACCUUAGCCAAUGCGACAUUGUGUUGUACAUGAAAAAUGGCAAGAUUGCUGAGAGAGGAACUUAUGAAGAACUCAUAAGGAACAAUGGGGUAACAAACUAUAACAAAAUAACUGAUUCGUCAUGAUAACACAACAUGAGGCACGGUACCCGAGUGGUGACUUCGUUGACAUCUAGGUUCGGGCUAGAGUCCCGCCCAAUAGUACCGAGUUCAACUUCUCGGCCACGCCUAUGCAACUGUGGUUUGGCUCCUUUCAGUUAUAGUCAUCUUUGAUUUGGAUCUUUCGUGUGUGAUUUUCUCGAAGAGCUAGUGCCUGCAAACAAGAUGAAGCAACUAGACUGCCUUCUUGUGCGCACAAAGCAUCUGAAUUAGCAUUUGUAGACUUUAUUGGCCGUUUUCAAACUAGAGACGGAUAGUCCAUCUUCAAAAUCCGUCAAAAUUGAUAGAAAAACAGAUGGAUAAAGUCAGGCGGAUUGUCUAUCCAAAAUUAAGACCGUUCCAUUUUCAAAUUUAAUAACAAUUAUUCACCGAAGUGGAGGUGGCUGGUCAUGGAAAUUUACCAAGCUGCGAAGCAGCGAGGUAAAUAUCACCCCUAGCCAGCGACACUGAGGUGAAUAAUUGUUUUAGUAUAUACUAAAACAGUGAGAUAAUUGAGCACAAAAAUGAUGAUUGUUAACUCAAAUACUGUUGCCAACGAUUACAAUUUUGGCGCGUAAUGACCGAACGGCCGCGGCCGUCGCUUUUUCUUGCCGACAAAUAAAACUUUUGAAGGCAUUUGUUUAGCUCUUGCGGGGAAAUUUCUUCAAAAGGAGUUGUGAAUUCUUUUUGUAUUUAAAAUCAUUCUGUAAAAAAAGAUUAUUAAAUUUAGUUUUAAGCUUAUUUAUCCAAAUAAAGUAACGCAAGACGUAAGCUUAAUUUGCAUUUGUAAACAAAAAACCUUUUCACCGGUUUUAUCGAUAAAUUCGAGUAAAAAAGACAAAGCUUUACCUCGUAACUUCGUCACCUUCUUCGUGUAUUUCGGGAACAGCUUGCUUGAUUAGUUGUGAAAUUUCUUUGUUUGUUACGGCAGCAAACCGGGAAGGCAUUUUGCUCGCAACUCACGCGAGUUUGGCGUCUCUCGCUCGGAGGAACAGGAGGUGAAUCAGUGAAUAGUGCAGGAUAUUCACUGAUUGAGUAGCCAAUCAGAGCGCGCGAAAAACACUAUCCACUGUUUUAGUAUACAGCUAUUUCGAGAAAGGUUGUCGGAAAAAGUGCACGCGAGAGUCCCGAAAGGCAUUGUGGGUGGUUUAAGUUCACUGUUCUGUAAAGAAGUUUGAAAUAACUGGUACGAAAGUUCACUGUUUUGUAAAGAAGUUUGAAAUAACUGGUACGAAAGGCCGUGGAAAUGUGUUCGCGAGUUCCUAAAGGAAAGCAACAAUAGUAGGUUCGACAGGUACAGUCGUCAGAAACAGUGUAUUGAUCAUAUCCCAUAUUACCUUUCGGGGUUGUCGCGUGCACAUUUUUCCCACAACUUUUCUCGAAAUAGCUGUAUACUAAGACGUAUUAUCUGUCUGACGCGAAUUAUACAACGGAUAACCCGUCUCAGGAUAGUCCGUCUCUAGUGUGAAUACGGCCAUGAGUGCUAUACUAGAAGGGAGAAAAAGAAAGGCCUGACUUACAAUAGCCUUGUUGUGAAAUAAUUCGUUUUGAAUUCACCUGUCAAACGAUAGCUCAUCAGCAAUACGUUUCUAUGGCAUGUUGUAGGAGUUUGCCACUCUGAUUGGCAUGUUUAUAAGGGAAGUCGAAGAAGAGUUGUUUGAUGAAGACAUUGGUGAGUUUCUUCAUUGUGGCGACCGUCAGCGAGGCGACGUAGCUCUGUCCUCGUUAUCAGCAGAUGACAUAACUAAACUGUUUGAGCGGCAGAUCUCGGCUAGUAGCAGGGGUAGAGGAUUACGUAGCAGUUCGAGUGAAGGAAAUCUUGAACCGUUUAAACUGAAUGACAGAGUGAGCAGUAGACGCCUUCGUGCCAGCUCAAAGCAGAGAAGAUUGUCGGGUGGCAUUGAAUCUGAAGCCAGGAAAGAGGAAGAAGAGAAAAAGAAGAAGGAAGGUGGGUUGACUGAGAUAACUUUGCACUUGGACACACGUAGGUUAAUUUUAGGCGAUUUUAUCAUACAUUUAGCUGCUUUCCUUAACCGGCCAUACUUUUUUGGCCCUUUUAUUUUUCUCACUUAUUUACCUGAGUCUUUUGGAAAACCGUGUUUCGUUUUGAAAUGUCCUAGAACGUCUGUCCUCGGGCACGGGCUGACACAGAAAAAUAUCGCUGCAUAUAGACAUGUAUUUUUCUUUUCGACUGCAUAAAACUAACCACACCCUUUGGAAGAAAGGGAGGUGAUCAAACGUCAGUGCUCUGUAAUUUGCGCCAGAAUGGUACUGUCAAAUGUCCUUUCCGAGACUACUUUUUAAACUGAAUUUUUCUAACUAUUUUUCGAGAGACGACUGUCAUGAAGGUAAGAAUAAGUAUAUAGAGGGUUGGGUGACUGUUGGGGCGGUCAGCUUGUCUCGUCUUUAUAUUGAAGCUUGUAUGUUUGCAGCUGGGAGACUGACUCAGGCGGAAGACCGUGCAGAGGGAGCAGUGACAUUUCAGACUUAUAAAACUUACAUGAAGUCAGGGGGAGGUAAGUGAAAGAACUGCAAACUAAAAGACACGUAUUCUAUAGCGACUUUAAGCAAUGACUACGGGAGCGUCUAGUACGGUAACAGGAAGUACUUUUUUUCUCGCCAGGCGUCAAAUAUUCCUCAAGGAGGGAGUUAAAGAUACCACGACUAGAUUAGCGGGGAAAACGACGCUUAAAAAGUGAAUUUACACUUUCUGAGUCUUCAUCGCGAUCAUUCCAUUUCAUUUGCUUUCCAAGUGUAGGCGAACUUGAAGCUGAAGUCGUGCAGUAACCCCUCGCGGCAAAGAAAUGUACAAAAAAGGAGUGUGAUACAAAUUGUACAAACAUUUUCAAGUUUUCCUUGUGUUUUAUCAGCCCUAGGUUAUUCACACCACUUACUGACGUGUAUCCUUUUAACUAUCUACCAUAUUUUGUUAUUUUGUGUAUUUAGUAUGGCAGUAUUUUUCACGAAUUGGAUGUCGUGCCUGACACCAAAUUUGAGGAUCAUAAUCCUAAAUUAAGCCUUCAGAAGUUGCCAAGGGAAACAAAAAAAUUAAAAAAGGCAUAUGCGUAUAAUUCUGUUUAAAACACUGUGGCGCUUAGCAUAAAAAAUGUAACUAAAUGCUUAUGUACUUCACACUACGGCCCACCAUGAUCUGCUCAGCUGGAUCGACUACGUUUAAUUAGCAAAGAACUCAUUCUCGUAAGCGACCAGCUUUUGUUAAGACACCUUUUUCGAAUUUUCGAGGUGGUCGCUUACGAGAGCUUCGACUGUAUUUCAAACUGUUCAGUGGCAUUUUAGCAACCCAUUGCGGUCGCUUACGAGAGCUUCGACUGUUCAGUGGCAUUUCAGUAUCUCUUGUAAUGGCAAUAGCCGCCUUGAGAGAGACAAGGCAACUUAGCUUCAUGUUUUCUGGUUGUUCGUAUUGAUAAGGCGUUAAUGCUGGUUCAUAGGGGACUUGGUGUGAGAAGAGUAUCCCCACAUACGUAGCAAAAUUAAUUAAAUUAAAUGUACAUCAUAACUAUUUUGUAGUGCUUGUAAAAGUCAUUGCGUUGUGAAGCUCCUAUUGCCCUCGUCUUUGAAUUCAAAUUCAAAAUAACAAAUUGGCUGUAGCCAAGUGAUCCCCUAUAAGCAGAACCUUCCGGUAUUUUAUUUUGCAGGUUACUGUGUCUAUCUGUUCUUAAUCUUGUUCACUGCUCUCUGUCUGUGUGGAAUGACGUUCAUUGAUACGUGGCUUGGGAUCUGGUUAAACGCUGCUGCUGCUCAGGUGAAACAACUCAUUGCUCAAUUUUUCUGAUAUGUCGCCCCUUUAAAUAAAAUUUAGUGUUACGGCUGGCAACCUAACUUACGUUCAACUAAUAUAGUGGUGGCGAGGCUUGUUUCCUCGUUGUGCAGAAAUUAAAUCAAUCGAGCUGUUUGUUCCACGCGUGGAGUCGACCAUGGUUAUGAUUCCGUAGAUUUCAUUUUCACGAGAUCGUAACGCUCAGAGUUUCUUUUUAUGACCUUAACUCUGUCGCCAGAGAAAAAUAUAAACUUAUCCCCAUCCAAACGAAUCCAGUCAGGCUGAAACCGCGUACAAAGUUUCAAUCGCCUACACGAAUUCGCAAAUCCGUCGUAUCCAAAAGAAGUGAGCGGGUUUCCUAGUUUCGUGUGCACCGAAGGCCGAUUCGUGUAAAAAAAAAUACCCGGAUUCGUUUGGGAAUGGCAUGAGGCAGCGUCCACUCGAAUCCUGAUAUUUUUGGAAACCGCAUAGUUUCUUUACACGAAACCAAUGAAUCCGCACACCGAUACCGAACCUUUUUGACGCUAUUCUCCAGAGUGGUUUAAGACCCUGCCCACACGAAUCGGGGUAAAAAAAUAUGCUUUUUCAAAAAUGUCCGAGUUCAUGUGGACGUGGCCUUAAAUCUUAAGCGGGAUUCAUUAACAACCUACGCGUAUAGCUGUCGCGUUUGUCUGUUGGAAUUUGUUAUUGUUUUUUGGCUUAAAAAAAUGAACACAUUUGUUCUAGCGGGCAAAUGUGUCGGCCAUACGUGCAUGUUGCAAAUGAAUCAACCCUUAGGCCCCGUCCACACGAAUAUUUUCGAAGCCGCAUGCUUUUUUUAUACGAAUCUGCCCUCCGUCCACACGAAGCCAGUGAAUCUGCACACCGAAACCGCAUAUUUUUGAAACCGCUCUCCGGAUACGCUGAAACCGUGAGUCUACUUGUUAUUUGCGUCAACGCUGUAUCCGGUUUCAAUCGUCUAUUCGGAUACGUUUAUGACACAAAAAUUCUCUAUGGGGUGGUUUCAAAACGAAGUCGAUUCAACGGUCUCUUGUAGACGGAAGGCCGAUUCGCUUGUGGACGGGGCUUCAGAUACAUCAUACUUAAGAUCCAUGUUGACAUUUAAUUUUACUCCUUUAAUUAAAAGAACAUGCCAGAACGCUUCGUUUUUGUUUAGUCACUGAAGUAAUAACUAUGUUUGGUUUCCUUUUUUCACAGAAUUUAACAACGCCUGAAAGGUCUGGCAUCAUGGCUAACAAUUCUUCAAACAGCUUUUAUAUGUUUAUAUAUGUUGUAUCAUCCUUGGCGUUCUUCAUAGCCGUGUUGAUGAAAACUUACUUUUUUGUGCAUUUGACUCUGAAAUCAUCCUCUCAACUUCAUGACAAAGUGUUUGAGCGAGUUUCCAGGGCCAGCAUGGCUUUUUUCGAUACCACUCCAACCGGAAGGAUACUCAACCGAUUUUCUAAAGAUCUGGACGAGAUUGAUAUCCAACUGCCUUUUAACUUGGAAGCGUCUGCACAAAAUGUCAUACGUAUAUUAAUUUCCGUGGCUGUAAUCGCUGUUGUAUUCCCGUGGUUCUUAAUUGGUUUGUUUCCUCUUUUUAUUUUGUUUCUAUUAAUAACUCGAGUAUUUAACCGGUCGGUUCGUCAGCUAAAACGCAUGGAUGGUGUCACUCGCUCGCCUCUCUACUCCCAUUUAUCAGCAACGGUACAAGGUCUUUCUACUCUGCACGCAUACAACAAGAUGGCCGACUUCAAUGAAGUUUUCAAAAAGUACCUGGACUUAAACACUCGCCCUUUUUUCAUGUUCUACUGUUCAAAUCGUUGGUUGGCUGUGCGCCUUGAUAUGCUGACUGUGUGUAUAGUUACCCUUGCGGCUUUCAUGGUAGUACUCAUCAAGGGAACCCUCCCUCCAGCUUUCCUUGGUCUUGUGUUGACGUAUUCUCUGAAGGUAAGAUUCUGCCUUUUCAAAACCAAUACUAUGUUAACACGAGUCCGUUUAAGUUUGCAAACACGUACAAACUUAGUAGUCUUACCCAUAUUAUAUGUUUAUUAAGUCUUCACAAGCGAAUAAUGGCAAACGUUUAUAUAGACCUUUUUUUCGUAUAGGUGGUUUUCACUUGACGUCAUCGCGGCCAUGUUGGUGCACAGAACAAUAGAGAAAAAGUCUUUUGGGAAUUUGACUCUAUUAUUAUGCAAAAUACGAGCCAUAAUUUGCUAUUGUUUUGUGCACCAACAUGGCCGUCUCAUCACGUGACUGAAAACCAUCUAUUCUGCUCCAGUGAGCUCACGCAGGGGAAACGAGGUCGAGGCUUCGGUGGACAAUUUCAUUGAAAUCACUGUCCUUUGUGACCCCAGGCCUCCAGUUGGUUGCUUUGUUUACAGAAAUGCAGGAACGGUCUAUUGUUAUUAACGCUCAGUGGGUAAGUUCGAAAACAGGAGAAAAAUUCGUUCUUGUGAUGGCGAACGCCAUGGAUGCAUGCCCAUUCGGGUUCGAGGAAUAUUUGUUAAAUAGUACUUAGCUGAGCCGUUAGCCAUUUGUUUAAAUGAACUUCAAGGUUCUAGCAAAAUAACAACCAAACCCUGACGACUGGCACUAAGAGAACAGUGGGUUGUGUUUCCCCAAGAUCCUCAUCCUCAUUGAGCUAUUUUGAAACAAGACGCUACGGAGCGUACACUUCGGCGUCGUGGUUGUGGAACUAAUUAACUGUAAAUGCGGAGGAAUAGUAAAAAAUCAAAUAUGGUAAGAGUAAGGUGUUAAUUUGUGAAAUUAUGGGAUUUGUCAGGAUAUUCUGAAAAGAGCAACAUCCAAGAGGCCUACUUGCCAAAAACUAGCAUUUCGGGACAAAUUGUCCCCGAGAUAUUAGCCCAGUUAUGCUCUGAUGACUCCAUACAAAUCCUUCUAAAAAAACAAUUCUCUAUUUUUCUUAGUCACAUCAGGCUUCAAAAACAGCAUAGCAGUCUCAUGUACUGAUUAAAGAUAUGUAAGGCAUAGGUAAGGAGUCAAUUACGUUGAGCAUGGAAUUGGCUAAAACUCAAGGUCACGAGUUCGAAUGUUUUGAGGAUAAUUAUUCACUGACUAUCAGCACGCAGGGAUGUCGGAUUAACACAAGGAAGUUUAACACCAAAGGAGCAUACCCUUUACAGAGCUUUAAAACACAGCAUCCACCAACACAAACUUGACUUAAACUUUGAGUAAAACUAAACAGCCUCUACCAAUAAUAACAAACUCUCACUUGAACUUCAGAUAUCUUACGGCUUCCGCGAACUUGUAAACACAAUACCUGAAAAUCGACCUUCGUCACACUUGACUAAACACAGCAGUCCAGCUCGUGGGAAAAAAACUUAGUUCUUUAAAAGAACUCGCUUGGAACUUGUAUACCGUUUGACAUAAGGUUCUAGAAAAUACUAAACAGCAGGCGAAUAGUGGUAGCUUUUCGACAUAUUUUAUGAUUUCAGUAACUGAUGCAAAUCUGCUGACUCAUGCUGAAAUGUAAACAUGCUCUAAUAAUUAAUUAUUCAUGGAUAAUCCAAAAACGUAGAGAACGUUCGAGAAAGUCACGCAACGCAUGAAAGCAAUUUUACUACGUAACACUCAACAAAGACAAAAUGUCUUUUUGCAGCAUUUUGUAACUUUAAAUUCAUCAUAAAACAGUUCGAAAGGAGGGCUCACUCGUGAAAUGUUUUUCAACACUCGAAGAGAAAUUUCGUGUCUCUGCGCGGCCACGAAAUAUCCUCUAUUUAUUCCUCGAGUAAUAGCCCAUUUUACAGUUGCCCGUGAAAACGAGGCUGGAGUUGACCUUGUUUUGAUACAGCCCUUCCUGCUUUAUUAUGUAAAUCAUGUCUUUCUUAUGCUAACUAGUAUUUUUUAAGCAAAAUUUACAUUAGAAAAGGAUGGAGGUUUUUAUCAAAACAAGGUCAACCUCAGCCUCACGUUCACUCAAAGGCUAGGACACUAAGCACACAACUGUAAACUGGCCUAUUAAAGACUAAACUCGAAGUGAUCUCAAGAUAUCACGAAGUAGUCAGGUCUCAUUUCGUGAAAUAGUUGAAACAAGCCGAAAAGUCACGAACUUGCACGCCCAAUCUUGUCCCGAAACUAGUGCAUCAUUUCAUAACUAUUUUUCAUAUCCCAAACUACCUUGGGUCGCAGUAGCGCAAUCGGCUAAUCCCUCAACUUAGAGUCUCCUCUGAUCUGACGGGUCACACAGGUGAGUCGGUUCAAACCCCGGGAAAGCCAAAAUAAUAAUUCUUCCUUCCUCGAAAAAGUUAAAGAAUAAAUCAAAGAAAUCGAAGUGAUCUCGACAUAUCUCGAAUUACUUCGGCUCUCACUUCGUCAAAUAGCCGAAUAAAACCGAAAACCUACAGACUUUGCAUGCCCAAUCUUGUCAAAAAAUUGUAACUUUGAUACAUUCCUGAGCGUCGCGAAACCUUUACUUCGCGCUCCGCCGAAGUAAAAAUAGCUCAUAUGUCAGUGGUCUAAGCGUAUGUAUCUUUGUGGCUUUUUGGUUUGUCCGUUCGGAUGUGUGUUGCAGGGGCCAAUAAGGUUGAAGGUACUAUGAGUUGAUUGCUAGGAACCAAUGAGAUUUUGCGUCUAAACUUGACAUUGCUGCGCUAAAGGUAAAGCAGGGGCACUUUGAGACUGCCAUUUUGGUUCUUCACAAUUUUGUUUUCUUCUAUUACGGCUAAAGGCGUUCAGAAGCAUAACAUUUAAAUAUCUUCAUGAUUCAAACGGUGAGUUCAGUGAUGCAGCUGUUUAAGGGUUCAUAUUUUAGUGUGGCUGCUGGUUUAAGACAUUUACGACCUAAUUCGGCUAUUUCGGCAAUUCGAACGGCACAAUGUACGUGUUUUCUCACCUGCUUUAAAGUAAAGUACAAAAAAUCAUAGUCUUCAAAGGUCUACAAAUGAAACGUUAAUAAUUGGUAUUUAGAUGUUGACUUUAACUUGGAAGGAUGCGUAAUUGUAUUUUCAGAAGCUUGAACAAGACCUGGUUUUUUUAAAGCUUUACCGAGUAAAUAUAAUUCUGUAAACAUGCUUUCUUCUCUCCUGUACAAAGUUCAGUCAACAGAGCUUUAAAUUCACGUUCCGGUAACUUAAGUAUAACCAUACUUGUACUUGUACUUGACAGCAAACAUGAAUGUUUGCUGUCAACCAUACUUGUACUUGACAGCAAACAUUCAUGUUUGAUGUCAUGAAAGUAAUUAAAACAUAGUGUUUAAUUUACCCAGUGGCUAAGUAAAGAUGCGUAACUUUUGCGUUAGCCAAUAAACUUGGAAGUACCCAGUUGACGAAAUAAGUAGAGAUUGUUUCAUUGAGUGGAAUUACAUGAGAUGAGUAGAAAUCAGUAUUUCAGCAGACAAUCAUUCUUUUAGAAGUAAAGUAAUGAAUGAUGCAUAAUUUUGUUGCAGAUGUUAGAAAAGGAGGUGAUUUGUUAAAAUCGUUUGAGCUAAGUAAUCUCGUAAACAAUAUGCGUUCUUUCACGUACAAAUUUUAAAAGGGGCAAAGUCAAUAUCUUCACGUGCUAAUUGUGUGUAUGAGUUAUUUUUAUAAUCCUCUUUACUAGAUAACUGUGUGAUAACUCGAAUUCCCUCACGUACGAACCACGAAAGGGGGCAAAGUCCAACACUUUCACGUGCCAGCUGUGUGACUGUACAUCUCAUGCAGAUUGGCUUUUCACAGUAAUACUAGUAACUUGAACGUAUCAAGACCUGUUUCGUUUUGUAACCAAUGCCUUAAAAAGGCUCUUGUCUUUUAAGAAGCAAUAGCUUUUGAAACAUGAAGAAUUAAGUUGUCAGAGUUAAAGACUGUUUCACUGAGUAGAAUCGCACGUGAAAACCUCGUGAAUUACGAUGAUGUAACCUUCUACCACAAUGAUAAAAAUCCCGGUAUUUCGUAAUUAGUCGGUAUUCUAUGAGCCACAUUUUCCUAAGAAACUCCUAGGUUUCUUGAGGAUCGACUCAGCUGAGCGUUUCGCAUUUUCAUUUAUGACCAUUUAUUUAUCGNCUCGAAUUCCCUCACGUACGAACCACGAAAGGGGGCAAAGUCCAACACUUUCACGUGCCAGCUGUGUGACUGUACAUCUCAUGCAGAUUGGCUUUUCACAGUAAUACUAGUAACUUGAACGUAUCAAGACCUGUUUCGUUUUGUAACCAAUGCCUUAAAAAGGCUCUUGUCUUUUAAGAAGCAAUAGCUUUUGAAACAUGAAGAAUUAAGUUGUCAGAGUUAAAGACUGUUUCACUGAGUAGAAUCGCACGUGAAAACCUCGUGAAUUACGAUGAUGUAACCUUCUACCACAAUGAUAAAAAUCCCGGUAUUUCGUAAUUAGUCGGUAUUCUAUGAGCCACAUUUUCCUAAGAAACUCCUAGGUUUCUUGAGGAUCGACUCAGCUGAGCGUUUCGCAUUUUCAUUUAUGACCAUUUAUUUAUCGCGGUACCCAAUUUCGCUUUAAAACCCAGUCUACUUUAGGAUAAAAAAGGUAGAUUCAUCACUCUUGGUAAGCUUACCCUGAAGUGUAAAGGUUGCACUGAAGCAUCCAAAAUAGCUCAUGCACGUUAAAUGUGCCUAUGGUUUUAUCACAGACACUAAGAUUUACCCGGUGAAACGUUUGGUAAAAUGGCUUAGAAGAAUAGAAUUCUCCAGGAAAAAAAACUAGGUAGCUUGAAGAGUCGUUUCAUUUUCCCUGGGUAAAUCUGCCAGUGACAAGCAAGGUUUUGAACACUAAGAUCUCUAAGAUGAUAAAUGAAAUCUUGGAAACAAAACGCCUUGAAAGUUUGUAUCUUAACCUUUGUCAAUAAUCAAUUAACUUUCUUUCAAUACGUUCAUCAAGUACGUUGUUUUUGUGUACAGAUGACCAUGCUGCUACAGUUUACUGUCCGUCAGGUGGCAGAAACAGAGGCGCGGUUCACAAGUGUUGAACGAAUUAGUUAUUAUAUCCAGUCUGUGCCAAGCGAGGCUGCGUUAGAGAUUCCAGAAAAAAAACCUCCCUCAAACUGGCCCUCAUUUGGAGCAAUUCAACUGUCAGGGAUCAAGGUAAUACUCAUUUGUAUGCAAUUCUUAAGCGCUCCAGUUAAGAGGCAAUUCAUCUCCAGUCCCUACGCGGAAAAAGUUUACCAGGCAGGAUUACAAAUUAUAUAGUUGAGGCUCUCGUAAGCGACCACCUCAAAAAUUCGAAAAAGUGGUCGUAACUUGAGCCAGUCGCUUACAAGAAUGAGUUAUCGUAAGCGACCGCAUAGUAAAACAAUAGAGGUAGUCGCUUACUGGGCUUCAGAAACUCGUUAGUAAUUCAUAAUGAAAAAGCAAAAGAAAAACAUAUCUUUCUAGUAUUCAAGAGUUAACCAUGGCUUAGGCAGUGACGUCAUAAUAAUCAAAAUUGCGGCUCAGGGGAAAUUUAAUUAAACUUUCAAACUUUGUAAAAAAAAAACUGUCUGUGUUGUUCUAAACAGAUGCGAUAUCGCGAUGGACUGCCUCUGGUGCUUCAUAAUGUCAGUUGUGAAAUCAAAGGAUGUGAAAAGAUAGGAAUCGUGGGAAGGACAGGUUCUGGCAAAUCAUCUUUAGGUGUGUUGCUAUGGCGACUUGUGGAGCCUGAGGAGGGAUCCAUGUAUAUUGAUAAUGUGGAUAUCACCCAAAUUGGUAUGUAAAUGAGUUGUGGUUCUAUUUUAUUCUUGCUUUAAACUUUAGUUUCUUUUUAGGGGGUGGUUACGUACCUUUCAAAGUUUGAUGCAAACAAAUGUAUUUUAAAGCAAUGAUAAAAUUGAACUACAGCAAACGCUGCUUGUACUCCUUAAGUACCCCUCUUGGUCAAGUCGUAACGAGAAUUUUAUUAUAAGUCAGGACUGUCCAGACAGAUUAGUCAAUUCCUAAUAGUCCAGUCAAUCUAGGCAUUUUUGAGCCUGAACAUCAAACCAACUGCAACAGAAUUGUUUUCAACGCCAUUUAAGCGAGAGUUGCUUAUCUAGCAACAUACUAAAAAUGCGCCAAAAUUAAGCGUUAAGCAUUUUGAGCUUUUAACUUAGGACACCCACGUUAGUUAAAAUUAUACGUUCAAAAGAAAAAUGCACAAGACGUGUUUGUUACUCUAGCGAAAACUUAAAGAAAAAAGAAUAACUGCUUCCAAGUUUUCGGUGAAAAAAGAAGUGUUUUUUUAAGGAUAAAUAUUUAACACGGCUGGCUAUUGCACAUGAAAGCCAUGCUCUACUCAAGACACCCUAAAAAUAACAAGGGGCUUACAAAGUAAUAGAGUGAACUGUUAGCUGUAAAAUUACAACAAAUUUAGUCGUAAGGUUUUAAAUCUAAAAAAUGGAAGCCGUUACUUAAUUAUUAGCUUUUAAAAUAUUUCCUUUCUUAUCAGAUUUCGGUUAGCCAUAACGGUAAGAAAAAAUGUAUAUCCAGCUGUAUUUUCCAAUAAAGUUACAGCCCUCCAACAGUUUUUUGUUUUAAAGACGUGAUGUCCAGUACAUAAGCAUGUAUGCCCAUACUUUCGCGCCUUCAUUGGCCACUGCAAUUAUUUUCAGACGUAUAGGAUCCUGUGAACGUUAUAGAAAAAGAGGUCUUUAUUUUCUGAUGAACGAAAAACUGGUCAAGGUUCAGGGCAGUUCUCACAAAAGAAAGGCAAGGAGGAAAUGUAAACGUCUUCAGGCCACAGAACGAUUGAUCUCCUUAUUCAUCGUACCAAUAACGGUAGGGCUGCCGCAGAAAGUACAAACUGAACACACGGAUACAUUAAGCUAAAUCUGAGACUCGCUACAAGAAGAUAAAAAAGAACAAUAAGAAUGCGCUUGGUUUUCUGGAAUUCCCUUGCAACAGAGUCGGCUAGAUGCAAUGAUAAGCGCAGAGCGUCAGUAUUUACCAAAAAUCAAAUUAACAGAGUCCUAAGCAGCAUAUUUAUUCACUCAUAUUGUAAGGUACGGAGUCGCAAGAAAAAAAAGCAUCCCAGUUUUCGAUCACACAUAUUUUUGGCAAGGUUUUAAACAUAACUACUUCACAAAACUCUAGUACAGAAACAGAAAUAUGGUAAACCGUUUGUACUCAUCCAAAGCAAUCGUCCGUAUCGCACAUUUAGUGGCAGUAUCCUGCAGCUUGGAUGCAAAUUUAGUAUAUGUAGCUGACUGAUUGUGAACAGUUAGAUUUGAUAUUUGAAUUACCCGCAAAUAAAACUUCUAAAAUACAUACUGCAUUUCUGCGAGUCAGAAAAAACUAUUAUUAUGUUUUAAUCAACUUAAUACAGAUUUUCUAAUUAUUUCCGUUUCAAAUACCACCAUAAAAUACUUGUUGGCCGAACAAUUAACUUACUGAAAUUAUUUUAUUUUAAUCAUAUCGUCAUGUACUAUGAUGACUGUUUUCUCUUCUUUUUUUUGGCCAUCUAUGUCCUUUCUUCUUUUUUUUUUUAUGGUGUGUGUCUUAAGAUGUUUUGUAUGUCUAGUUAUUGUGAUGUCCUGUACAUUCGACACUACUUUCAAAGAACUAGUUGCUAGCUCGAAAACCUUACGGUUAUCUAGCCGCUAGGCAUUUCUUUCUAUGUAAUAAUAUUUAGUUUAAAUUGUAAUUGAAUAUUCUACGUGUUAAGUUACUAAUUAUUCAAUAAGUUUGACAAACCCUGUAAUGGAAAUGUGAAUAAAGUGUUGUUGUUAAACAGAAUGUGAUGACAGACGCCCGGCUGGGUAACCUGUACAAAGCCGCUAAGACGAAGCACUGACCCAGGUGUUUCNUUUUUUAUGGUGUGUGUCUUAAGAUGUUUUGUAUGUCUAGUUAUUGUGAUGUCCUGUACAUUCGACACUACUUUCAAAGAACUAGUUGCUAGCUCGAAAACCUUACGGUUAUCUAGCCGCUAGGCAUUUCUUUCUAUGUAAUAAUAUUUAGUUUAAAUUGUAAUUGAAUAUUCUACGUGUUAAGUUACUAAUUAUUCAAUAAGUUUGACAAACCCUGUAAUGGAAAUGUGAAUAAAGUGUUGUUGUUAAACAGAAUGUGAUGACAGACGCCCGGCUGGGUAACCUGUACAAAGCCGCUAAGACGAAGCACUGACCCAGGUGUUUCUAUAUUAGUUGGCGUUUUUUUAAACCAAAUCUACCCAAAAUACAUUAGCAAUGAUGUAUCUACGAUUCUUAAGGGAAAAAAAACACGAUUAUCUGAUCUUUUGUCUGAAUUUGUGAUUUUGCUGAAACUGGAUUUCCUGUGGUGAUAGUUGAAAAUCUUUGUUGCCAAUUUUUCUUUCAUGUUCCAUCGAACGGAUUUUGGCGGAUUUUUAGUAUGUUGUUAGGUAGCCGUCUAAUAAUUAAAUGGCGUUGAAAAAAUUCUGUUGCAAUUAGUUUAAUGUUACGCCACAACUUGACUGGACUACAAGUAGUAUACACGGUAGUGAGAGAUUUUUAGCAAAAACGCCCGAGGAAAAAUGGUCGGUCAGCUAGUUCUGAAUUUUGUAAAGCGGGAAAAUUAUUCGCUACUGAGCUCCCCCGAAUGUAAUCCCACUCAAAAGACCUUGCGAAAGUAAUAAGCCUACGGAUUUAGGCCUUCUUUGACUCGUCACGAAGCGGUCCCCUUAUCCCGUUGUGGAGGAUUGCGUGACGAACCAAAAGAACACAUGCGUAUGAGGCGAGAUAAACAUAUCAUCUGAAGUUCCAGGUGCCCUGGCGAAUUGGAUGCAGUAAGUAAGAAAACUUUUGCAAAGAUUUCUUCCCGUUGUUUGUACAUGUCUUAUUUGCAGGUUUGGAAGAUCUUCGAUCCAGAAUUUCAAUCAUUCCUCAGGACCCAGUCCUUUUUGUCGGAACUGUAAGGUAACAGUUUAUUUGUGUCUAUAGGUCUGUCUAACGGGUGGCAACAUGCAACUUGUUUUGCAAUAUUGCUGCAAUACGAGUUGAAAAGCGAUGUCGGUCGUUUAGCCUUCACGUUCAAACUUAUCUUGUAACAAAUCAGGUUUUUGCAGGUUGGGAAAAGUUGUUACAGAAAGCAGAGAGUAGUUCUACUUUUUGGAGUAAAAUCUGUACAUGUUGCGUAUUUUACCGGCCCAAGGCAAACUUGUUUUGCAGAAAGUGACGUCACCCCCGUGUAUUGCGUUAGUACCCCGUAUUUUAUCUAAUGAGAAGUAAGCGUUCACGCAACUUGCUGCAACAUGUUGCAAGACAGGUUUUAUAGUCGCAGCCUUUACAAGCUAUAGUUUUUAACACACAAACUUUAUUCUAGAACUUCUACAACUGGUGCAGGGAAACAAGUGAACCGAUGUGAAGUAUAACGAAGUAUAGCAGUACUGAAAAGUAACAAUUAAACAAAUACAAAGUCAAGAUAAAACAACCUACAAACUGAACAAAGCAAUAAGGCAAUCUAGAAAUGCGAAUGAAACAAACGAGAUACUUACAAGACGAUAGCGAGAUAAGGACGAAAAACUAGGACGAGCAAAAACCCAAACAUUAAACUGUAAACUGGACCAAGCGCAGCUAAACGAAGAACUGACGCGAAAAAUUACAAUAAAAGCUAAAUAUACGAUAUGCAGAAAAAUCCUAACACGAAGGACAAAGCUACGCGGACAAUGAAAAACUAAUGAACCAAACAACAGCACUAAAGGCGCGAACACGAAAAUAACUAAGAACGCGGCGAACAUAAAAAUACUAUAAAGAUAACGGAAAAAAUUCCUGGCGUUUACAUUCCGGCCCCUAAAUACAAAUCGCUUGUAUUUACCUAAUAUUAUAGAAAAAAGGAGCCAGGAACUAGCACAAAAAAUUAACUAUGGAAAACAAUAAUCUUCUUUAACGCCAAACUCCUUAAACGAAAAAGAGUGUCACGAAGGCCUAAGUGCCUCAACAGGCUUCACUGUUCAGACUUGAUAGAACAUCACGUAAGCUCAGUGAAAGUCACGCAAAGUCUUCUUGAACAAAUCCGGGAAAACAAGACACUUUCAAUGUUCAAUUGAUUCCAGCAAACAUAACUUCAUAAUGGGUCGCUCCAAAGUAGAGGUCUUGGUUUUGACUCUUACGCGACGCACGAAACCAUCUCUAUCUGGGAACACUUCUGUGAUUCGACCAAUCGGCCACACGUCCCUGGGCGUCGAUUCAUCAACGAUAACUGUGUCUCCAACAGUGAAGUUUCUUCUCGGUCGAAACCAUUUCUGGCGCUCCUGCAACGAAGGAAGGUAUUCUCGUCCAGCGACCCCAAAACACAUUUGCCAAAUACUGCACUGGACGCCAUCUUCUCCUGGAAUGAUUGUCGUUCUUUUCAAAUAGCCCUGGUGGUAGAGAUUCGUUUUGGCGAAGUAGUAGGAGGUGAUUCGGCGUAAGAGGCUCCAAAUCGUUAGGAUCGUCGGAGACCUUGGUCAGCGGCCUUCCAUUAAUGAUACUCUCAGCUUCACACAAUAAGGUUUGAAGACAUUCGUCGUCAAGGACUUGCUCCUUGGUCAAAGCUCUAAGAAUCUUGCGAGUGGAUCUGAUAAGUCUUUCCCAGAUUCCACCGUGGUGGGAAGCCGCUGGAGGAUUGAAGACCCAUUUGAUACCUUGCUGUAGAAGGGUGUCGUGAAUCUUGGCCUGAUUCCAACUUGAGAUCAUAACGCGAAGUUCCUUUUCAGCUCCCGUGAAAUUCGUACCAUUGUCUGAACGAAUCUCUUUAACCUGACCUCUGCGGGCAAUAAAUCUUCUAAGAGCUAAGAUAAAGGAAUCCGUGUCCAAUGUGUGGGAAAUCUCCAGAUGGAGUGCUCUCAAAGCUAGACAUGUGAAAAUAGCUCCAUAUCUCUUUACCAAGCUUCUCUUCUGGUGGACAAGGAAAGGACCAAAGUAAUCAAUUCCAACACGUGUAAAAGGGGGUUGAUCUGGAGUGACCCUGGAACGAGAUAAGUCGGCCAUUUUCUGUUCUCCAGCGGGGCCAUGGUGACGUUUACACCGGAAACAGGACGACAGAACACUUCUUGCCGUUGUGUUGGCUCGAAUCAACCAAAAUCGCUCGCCCAAGAGGGCUAGCACGUAUUCUCUCCCAGAGUGACCACUUUUCUCGUGAAAGAACCUGAUGAGCAGUACACCAAGUGGAGAAUCCUUGGAGAUAAUUAUCUGAUGCCUUGAUUCGUCAGGUAAAGGAGCUCUGCUAAGUCGUCCGCCAACGCGAAGUACACCACCAAUUAGGACUGGGCUUAAUUUUGCAAGGCAACUUGACUUCUUUACACAUCCUCCUUUCUUGAUGGUUUCAAUUUCCUCAGGAAAUGCAUGAGGAAAUGCUUUAGGGCGUGUACUUCGGCUUGUAGCUCAGCAAUUCUCGCAGCUUUUUUUGCCCUUCCAACAGAAAUGGAACUAGCUCGAGAAGAUCGGCUGUACGCCGAACCACAUCCGGAUCGUUUCCUGUUUCUUAAACCAAGUUGUGAGACACUGUUAUCGGGAGUAACAUCAAGGUCUUGAAUUCGGAUCUCCGUUACACGCAACCAGUCGUUAACCGUUUGACAGAAGAAAUUAAAACUCGACUCAAUGUCAGCGAAGUAAACUACUGAUUCCUGUCUUUGGCUCUCAUCGAUUAGGGCAGCAUCAUACUCCUCGUGUGCAUCUGUAAAUCUUUGAAAAGGGGACUGCUUCAAAAUUAUUCUCAUCCGUUAAUAAGCUGUCAAUUUCUUUACGCUUAACCGUCAAGGCAGAGAGCACUCCGCCUCUUCUCAUUCUAAGUUCUCGGAUUCUUUCCAUUGCAACUGCUUCUUGAUCCAGCGAAGAAUUAGGCUUCCGCGAACGGGUACUUGAACGACGAACACUUUGACCAUUUUUCCCGGCGGAACACGACAAAUUGGCCUCCUGAACCACAUGAGACAUCGCCGAAAGUCCGACAACUCUCGUCUUUACGAAUAUAAUCGCAGCCUUUACGCGCUAUAGUUUUUAACACACAAACUUUAUUCUAGAACUUCUACAACUGGUGCAGGGAAACAAGUGAACCGAUGUGAAGUAUAACGAAGUAUAGCAGUACUGAAAAAUAACAAUUAAAGAAAUACAAAGUCAAGAUAAAACAACCUACAAACUGAACAAAGCAAUAAGGCAAUCUAGAAAUGCGAAUGAAACAAACGAGAUACUUACAACACGAUAGCGAGAUAAGGACGAAAAACUAGGACGAGCAAAAAACCCAAACAUUAAACUGUAACCUGGACCAAGCGCAGCUAAACGAAGAACUGACGCGAAAAAUUACAAUAAAAGUUAAAUAUACGAUAUGCAGAAAAAUCCUAACACGAAGGACAAAGCUACGCGGACAAUGAAAAACUAAUGAACCAAACAACAGCACUAAAGGCGCGAACACGAAAAUAACUAAGAACGCGGCGAACAUAAAAAUACUAUAAAGAUAACGGAAAACAUUCCUGGCGCUUACAGGUUUGAAAGUAAAACGUACAACGUCACUUUUCAAAUUGUUUUUUAGCAAUGUUUGGACACAAGUUGCACGUUUUACCGUGUGUAAAUAUCUGAACCUAAUUCAGCAAUAUUUCAUGACACCCGGUUUCUUUAUAAGUGUUUGUUAAAGCCCCGUCCACACGAAUCCGGAUCUUUUUGAAACUGCCUAAAUUUUUGUCAAAUAGGCCUUCUGUCCACUCGAAACCAGUGAAUCUGCUCACCGAAACGACAUCUUUUAAAGCCGCUUUCCAGGGUGGAUUUUUUUGGGAUCCGACUGGUUUGGCGCAUUCGUGUAGACGACUGCAACCGUCAUAAACUCGGGUCCAGGCUCAAAUAACAAAAUGGAAAAUUGCAAAUUUAAAAUAGCGGCAACAAACCUCUUGUUUACUUGGAUAAUGUUCUUUGAACAGUUUCAGUAUAUCAGAAUAUAUGGAAUGAAGCGAUUGCCAUGCGACGUUUUCCACUUGACAUUCGUGCUUGAGACACGUAUGAAAUGUCGGCUAAAAGCGCUGGAACUAGGAAGGAUAUACGGGCAGUGAAAUCACAUCGCGGGUCCGAAUGCCUGCUAGCUAGGAGGUAGGCAGUGUACACCGCAGUAGCCUAUUCGUGUGGAUGUGUGAAUCCAAAGUGGAUAGUACGCGGUUUCAACAUAUCCGUAUUCGUGUAUUUUUCACCCUUUGUUAAUACAUGUCACCGUUCUUUUGUCAGGUAUAACUUAGACCCAUUUAAACAGCACAGUGACAAAGAACUAUGGAAGGCACUAGAGAAAGCACAUCUGAGGGAGAUGGUAGGAGUACACUUACUGUAGUUGUGAUUUGAGAACUUGCCACGUUGUUGAAAGUACCUCAUUCUUACUAUCCUUGCUAAAAUUUCCGUCUUUAAGGUGUUUCGAUACAGUUUUUCAAAGGCCAUACCGAUAUUUUUUAAUCGCCUUAAAAGUGGUUUUUUCCUUGUCCAAUCGGUAUAAAAUUUUCACCAAUGAUUGUGUAUAAAUCGAAAUUUGUCAAAAUGCAGGUUUUCGUAAAAUUGAUAUUACUAUGACAACAAUAAACAAAGAACUUUGAAACUGAUAAACGUCUAAUUUUGCGCGAUCUAGACGAGCUACUGAAAAUCCAACACUAGGAACGUAAAGUUUGAUGUUAAGGGAAUAACCUCCGUAAGAAGUAAAAAAUUCUGAAUGUUUGAAUUCGACUAAAUGUCAUUUGAUUUUAAGGUGGACAGUUUGCCAGCACAACUUCUUGCCCCUGUUACUGAAAAUGGUGAGAACUUCUCAGUUGGUGAGAGGCAGUUGAUUUGUAUGGCAAGAGCUCUGCUAAGACACAGUAAGGUAAGAAAUCCUGUCAGUCAGUAUAAACAACUGUCAGAUGAGUCAGUCGCUUCAUCUCUCCUUUUUUCAGUGGUCUUGUUUUUUUACUUUGAUACAACAAAUUUUACACGUAAAUGUAAGUAUUUAAUACGACACUUGCUUGGUAGGGAAUGUAUAAACUAUUGAUAGUUUUGUAACAACAAUUUGUAACACCGUUUAUUAUUGUGUGUGUUUCAGAUCUUACUACUUGAUGAAGCUACGGCCGCUAUUGACUCUGAGACAGGUAACGUGUUAAAAACAACGGGGAAGGGUUUCCAUAGAGGGAGUAUACCGCGUACUUAAUUUGGGAAAAUUUGGAAGCUGUCAUGCCAUUGUUAAUUUUCACAUUUCUGGGAGGAAAUUAACUUUCUCUUAUAUGUUCUUUAGAUGCUAAAAUCCAGGACACGAUCCGUGAGUCGUUUAAGGACUGCACACUUUUAACGAUCGCACAUCGCCUGAAUACUGUUAUGGAUUCUGAUCGGAUUAUUGUCAUGGAUGAAGGAAAGGUACAAGGGCUGUUUAUUUGUUGUGUAAAACCAGUGAUGUACAAUUGAUAACAAAAAACGGCAAGGUCAUCGUUCGUGAUUUAUCGUUUUAUUGAUUGUAAUCAACUCAGUGAAAAAACGAUACUGAGUUUAUGCUAAAGAGGAAUAUAAUGAAUAGAUUUGUUUUAUGCUGCAAAGCUUUCGGCCCCAAACUAUAACUUUGAAAGCUUCUUUAUUGAAAAACUAUGGCUUAGUUUGAUUUGCUCUCUUUCAGAUUGUUGAGUUUGAUAGUCCUUCCACAUUAUUGGCAAAUCCAGACUCGGCAUUUAGUAAACUUGUUCAAGCUACAGAAAUCGAAGCAGAGGAUCAUUACCUUGUAGAGUAA